AUGAAGGUACAGUUGAGUGUCUUAUACCAAAUACCGCACUUGCAAUUAUAACACAUUUUGUUGAGAUAAGGUUAGACCAGGGAUGGGCAACCUGCGGCCUGCGGCCCCUUUUGAAGGCCCUUGGAUACAUUUCCCAAAAAUGAAAAAUAGUAGAAUGCACAAGGUGCAAUUUUGAAAUUUGUUUGUGCAUCAGCAGUUUUUCUCUUAUGUCAGUCACUGAUAGUCAGUCAAUUAGCCCAUGUCAGCAAAAAUUGUUUACUUGCUAAGUUAAUUUAGCGGGCAUCUAUCUACACUAGUUAUCAUGGGGGGGGGGGGGGGGGGGGGGGGGGGGCUAUUGAUUUUGUUAGUCAGUCUCACUCAGAUGUCCUAUUAAAAACUGCAAACAUUUCUCUCCACCCAUCGCAAAAUGUGUAGAAUUGCAGCACACUUGUUUAAAACUGCAACAUUUUCUCUACACCCCAUAGCAAAAUGUGGAGAAUUUAAUGAAAUUAACUCUAAAGCUUACAUUUCAAGAGGUGGGCUACACCCCCGUCAAAGUUGCCCAUCCCUGGGUUAGACAAUGUGUAUUAACAGCGCAUCUCUUUUGUUAGCAUUCAUCGCAAAGCCCAUGCUGCGCAAUUCAAAAAGUAAAUGUAGAAAUUGUAAAUCUAGUCUGAUAAGAUGAUAAGAUAUAUAUAUAUAUAUAUAUAUAUAUAUAUAUAUAUAUAUAUAUAUAUAUAUAUAUAUAUAUAUAUAUAUACAGUGAGGGAAAAAAGUAUUUGAUCCCCUGCUGAUUUUGUACAUUUGCCCACUGACAAAGACAUGAUCAGUCUAUAAUUUUUAUGGUAGGUUUAUUUGAACAGUGAGAGACAGAAUAACAACAAAAAAAUACAGAAAAACGCAUGUAAAAAAUGUUAUGAAUUGAUUUGCAUUUUAAUGAGGGAAAUAAGUAUUUGACCCCUCUGCAAAACAUGACUUAGUACUUGGUGGCAAAACCCUUGUUGGCAAUCACAGAGGUCAGACGUUUCUUGUAGUUGGCCACCAGGUUUGCACACAUCUCAGGAGGGAUUUUGUUCCACUCCUCUUUGCAGAUCUUCUCCAAGUCAUUAAGGUUUCGAGCCUGACGUUUGGCAACUCGAACCUUCAGCUCCCUCCACAGAUUUUUCUAUGGGAUUAAGGUCUGGAGACUGGCUAGGCCACUCCAGGACCUUAAUGUGCUUCUUAUUGAGCCACUCCUUUGUUGCCUUGGCUGUGUGUUUUGGGUCAUUGUCAUGCUGGAAUACCCAUCCACGACCCAUUUUCAAUGCCCUGGCUGAGGGAAGGAGUUUCUCACCCAAGAUUUGACGGUACAUGGCCCCGUCCAUCGUCCCUUUGAUGUGGUGAAGUUGUCCUGUCCCCUUAGCAGAAAAACACCCCCAAAGCAUAAUGUUUCCACCUCCAUGUUUGACGGUGGGGAUGGGGUUCUUGGGGUCAUAGGCAGCAUUCCUCCUCCUCCAAACACGGCGAGUUGAGUUGAUGCUAAAGAGCUCGAUUUUGGUCUCAUCUGACCACAACACUUUCAACCAGUUCUCCUCUGAAUCAUUCAGAUGUUCAUUGGCAAACUUCAGACGGGCCUGUAUAUGUGCUUUCUUGAGCAGGGGGACCUUGCGGGCGCUGCAGGAUUUCAGUCCUUCACAGCGUAAUGUGUUUCCAAUUGUUUUCUUGGUGACUAUGGUCCCAGCUGCCUUGAGAUCAUUGACAAGAUCCUCCCGUGUAGUUCUGGUCUGAUUCCUCACCGUUCUCAUGAUCAUUGCAACUCCACGAGGUGAGAUCUUGCAUGGAGCCCCAGGCCGAGGGAGAUUGACAGUUCUUUUGUGUUUCUUCCACUUGCGAAUAAUCGCACCAACCGUUGUCACCUUCUCACCAAGCUGCUUGGCGAUGGUCUUGUAGCCCAUUCCAGCCUUGUGUAGGUCUACAAUCUUGACCCUGACAUCCUUGGAGAGCUCUUUGGUCUUGGCCAUGGUGGAGAGUUUGGAAUCUGAUUGAUUGAUUGCUUCUGUGGACAGGUGUCUUUUAUACAGGUAACAAACUGAGAUUAGGAACACUCCCUUUAAGAGUGUGCUCCUAAUCUCAGCUCGUUACCUGUAUAAAAGACACCUGGGAGCCAGAAAUCUUUCUGAUUGAGAGGGGGUCAAAUACUUAUUUCCCUCAUUAAAAUGCAAAUCAAUUUAUAACAUUUUUGACAUGCGUUUUUCUGGAUUUCUUUGUUGUUAUUCUGUCUCUCACUGUUCAAAUAAACCUACCAUUAAAAUUAUAGACUGAUCAUUUCUUUGUCAGUGGGCAAAUGUACAAAAUCAGCAGGGGAUCAAAUACUUUUUUCCCUCACUGUAUAUAUAUAUAUAUAUAUAUAUAUAUAUAUAUAUAUAUACAUACAUACAUACAUACAUGCACAUUACCAGUCAAAAAUGUUUGGACACCUACUCAUUCAAGGGUUUUUCUUUAUUUUUACUAUUUAUUCAUUGUAGAAUAAUAGUGAAGACAUCAAAACUAUGAAAUAACACAUAUGGAAUAAUGUAGUAACCAAAAAAGUGUUAAACAAAUCAAAGUAGCCACCGUUUGCCUUGAUGACAGCUUUGCACACUCUUGGCAUUCUCUCAACCAGCUUCACCUGGAAUGCUUUUCCAACAGUCUUGAAGGAGUUCCCACAUAUGCUGAGCACUUGUUGUCUGCUUUUCCUUCACUCUGCGGUCCAACUCAUCCCAAACCAUCUCAAUUGGGUUGAGGUCAGGGGAUUGUAGAGGCCAGGUCAUCUGAUGCAGCACUCCAUCACUCUCCUUCUUGGUCAAAUAUCCCUUACACAGCCUGGAGGCUGGGUCAUUGUCCUGUUGAAAAACAAAUGAUAGUCCCACUAAGCCCAAACCAGAUGGGAUGGCGUAUCGCUGCAGAAUGCUGUGGUAGCCAUGCUGGUUAAGUGUGCCUUGAAUUCUAAAUAAAUCACAGACAGUGUCACCAGCAAAGCUCCAUCACACCCCCUCCACAUGCUUCACGGUGGGAACCACACAUGCAGAGAUCAUCCGUUCACAUACUCUGCGUCUCACAAAGACACAGCAUUUGGAACCAAAAAUCUUAAAUUUGGACUCAUCAGACCAAAGGACAGAUUUCCACCAUUCUAAUGUCCAUUGCUCGUGUUUCUUGGCCCAAGCAAGUCUCUUCUUCUUAUUGAUGUCUUUUAGUAGUGGUUUCUUUGCAGCAAUUCGACCAUGAAGGCCUGAUUCACGCAGUCUCCUCUGAACAGUUGAUGUUGAUGUGUCUGUUACUUGAACUCUGUGAAGCAUUUAUUUGGGCUGCAAUUUCUGAGGUUGGUAACUCUAAUGAACUUAUCCUCUGCAGCAGAGGUAACUCUGGGUCUUCCUUUCCUGUGGCGGUCCUCAUGAGAGCCAGUUUAAUCAUAGCGCUUGAUGGUUUUUGCGACUGCACUUGAAGAAACUUCCAUAGUCCUUGAAAUGUUCAGUAUUGACUGACCUUCAUGUCUUAAAGUAAUGAUGGACUGUCAUUUCUCUUUGCUUAUUUGAGCUGUUCUUGCCAUAAUAUGGACUUGGUCUUUUACCAAAUAGAACUUUCUUCUGUAUACCACCUUUACCUUGUCACAACAACUGAUUGGCUCAAACACAUUAAGAAGGAAAUAAAUUCCACAAAUUAACUUUUAACAAGGCACACCUGUUGAUUGAAAUGCAUUCCAGGGCCCAGUUUUGCAAAACACUUAUUACGCAAAAAGUUCAUAAGAUAGUUAGUACGUGCAUUUCCUCAACAAUAUCUUAAGAUUGAAUGAUUUUCCUACAAACUUCUCAAAUAUCUUGUUAGAAUCUUCUUAAGAUGUUUGUUGCUAGGCAACCGGCAAUCAUGUUAGCAUAUUUCCUACUGAGAUUACUGUUCUAAAACAUGUUCUUGGGUUUAAAAUAAUCAAUACUUGUCAGGACGACGUGUAUGCUGUGAGCGAAGUCAAGCGCAGGACACCGAGCUACUGGCAGAUGAACUUUACUUGCACAGUAAUCAAAAAUACAAACAAAACCUCCAAACAGGGAGGAACAAAAUACGCAUACACCCGAACACUGCCGACCUCACGGAAAACAAUCACACACAAUAACCAAUGAGAGACAGGGGGUUAUAAAGGGAAUACAAUGUAACAUAAUGGGAAACAGGUGAAAACAAUCAAGACAAACUAGACAAACACCGAAACAUAGAUCGGUGGCAGCUAGUACUCUGGGGACGACGAACGCCGAAGCCUGCCUGAGCAAGCAGGAGGAGCAGCCUCGGCUGAUUCCGUGACAGUACCCCCCCCCCCCCCCCCCCCCCCCCCUUGACGCCUCGGGGACGGCCAGGAGGACGCGGAGCAGGGCGAGUCGGAUGACUCCGGUGGAAGUCCCUCAACAUGGAGGGAUCUAGGAUGUCCCUCCUAGGGACCCAGCACCAUUCCUCCGGACCGUACCCCUCCCACUCCACCAGAUACUGCAGGCCCCCCAUCCGACGCCUCGAAUCCAAGAUGGAACGGACUGAGUACGCCGGAGCCCCCUCGAUGUCCAACGGGGGCGGAGGAGCCUCUCGUACCUCACUCUCCUGGAGUGGACCAGCCACCACUGGCCUGAGGAGAGACACAUGGAACGAGGGGUUAAUCCGGUAAUUAAUGGGCAGUUGUAACCUAUAACAUACCUCGUUCAAUCUCCUCAGGACUUUAAAUGGCCCCACAAACCGCUGACCCAGCUUCCGGCAGGGCAGGCGAAGGGGCAGGUUUCGGGUCGAGAGCCAGACCCGAUCUCCCGGUGCAUACACCAGAGCCUCACUGCGGUGGCGAUCGGCACUCGCCUUUUGCCGCCUGAUAGCCUGCUGCAGAUGGACAUGCGCAGCGUUCCAGGUUUCUUCCGAGCGCCGAAACCACUCGUCCACCGCAGGGGCUUCGACCAGCUGAUAACCUAGCACACACUGAAAAGGCGUAAGGUUAGUGGAGGAGUGGCGGAGUGAGUUUUGGGCUAUCUCUGCCCAGGGAAUAUAUCCCGACCACUCCUCCUGUCGGUCCUGGCAAUAGGACCUCAGAAACCUACCCACAUCCUGGUUCACUCUCUCCACCUGCCCAUUACUGUCGGGGUGAAAACCUGAGGUAAGGCUAAUCGAGACCCCCAGAUGUUCCAUAAACACCCUCCAUACUCUAGAGGUGAACUGGGGACCCCGAUCAGACACUAUAUCCUCAGGCACCCCAUAGUGCCGGAAGACGUGUGUAAACAGGGCCUCAGCAGUUUGUAGGGCAGUAGGGAGACCUGGCAGGGGAAUGAGACGGCAGGCUUUAGAAAACCGAUCCACAACGACCAAGAUCGUCGUGUUCCCCUGGGAGGGGGGAAGGUCCGUGACAAAAUCCACCGAUAGGUGAGACCACGGCCGUUGUGGAACGGGUAGGGGUUGUAACUUCCCUCUGGGCAGGUGUCUAGGCGCCUUACACUGGGCGCACACCGAGCAGGAGGAAACAUAAACCCUCACGUCCUUAGCUAAAGUGGGCCACCAGUACUUCCCACUAAGGCAGUGCACUGUCCGACCAAUACCAGGAUGACCAGAGGAGGGUGACAUGUGAGCCCAAUAUAUCAAUCUGAUCGCGAACCUCGAGCGGCACGUACUUCCGACCCUCUGGACACUGUGGGGGAGUAGGAUCGGUACGUAACGCCCGCUCGAUGUCCGCAUCACCCUCCCACACCACCGGUGCCACCAGACAAGACUCCGGAAGUAUGGGAGUGGGCUCAAUGGACCUCUCCUCUGUGUCAUAUAGUCGGGACAGGGCGUCUGCCUUAGCGUUCUGUGACCCUGGUCUAUAGGUGAGCUUAAAUACAAAUCUGGAAAAAAACAUAGCCCACCUUGCCUGGCGAGGGUUCAGCCUCCUCGCUGCCCGGAUGUACUCCAGGUUACGAUGGUCAGUCAGAAUGAGAAAAGGGUGUUUAGCCCCCUCAAGCCAAUGCCUCCACACCUUCAGGGCUUGAACCACAGCUAACAGCUCCCUGUCCCCCACGUCAUAAUUGCGCUCCGCCGGACUGAGCUUCUUAGAAUAGAAAGCACAGGGGCGGAGUUUUUGUGGCGUACCCGAGCGCUGAGACAGCACAGCGCCGAUCCCAGCCCCGGACGCAUCCACCUCAACUUGGAACGCCAAAGAGGGAUCCGGAUGUGCCAGCACCAGAGCCGAGGUAAACAGGUCCUUCAGAUGUCUAAACGCCCUGUCCGCCUCAGCCGACCACUGCAGACGCACCGGACCCCCCCUUUAGCAGGGAGGUAAUGGGAGCUGCUACCUGUCCAAAGCCCCGGAUAAACCUCAGGUAGUAAUUGGCAAAACCCAAGAACCGCUGCACUUCCUUCAUCGUGGUGGGAGUCUGCCAAUUACGCACGGCAGAAACGCGGUCAAUCUCCAUCUCCACCCCUGACGCGGACAACCGAUGUCCCAGGAAGGAGAUGGACUCCUGGAAGAACAGACAUUUCUCCGCCUUCGCAUACAGGUCAUGCUCUAACAGUCUACCAAGCACUCGACGCACCAGGGACACAUGCUCGGCUCGUGUAGCGGAGUAUAUUAGAAUGUCAUUAAUAUACACCACUACACCCUGUCCAUGCAAGUCCCGGAAAAUCUCGUCCACAAAUGAUUGGAAGACUAAAGGAGCAUUCAUUAAACCGUAUGGCAUGACGAGGUACUCAUAGUGACCCGAGGUGGUACUGAAUGCUGUCUUCCACUCAUCUCCCUCCCUAAUGCACACCAGGUUGUACGCGCUCCUGAGAUCCAAUUUUGUGAAGAAUCGCGCCCCGUGUAAUGACUCCGUCAUACUAGCAAUCAGAGGGAGAGGAUAGCUGUAUUUGAUUGUGAUCUAAUUGAGACCACGGUAAUCAAUACACGGGCGUAAACCCCCAUCCUUCUUCUUCACAAAAAAGAAACUCGAGUACGCAGGGGAAGUGGACGGCCGUAUGUAUCCCUGUCUCAGAGAUUCGGUGACGUAUGUCUCCAUAGCCGCCGUCUCCUCCUGAGACAGAGGAUACACAUGACUACGCGGAAGCGCAGCGCCUACUUGGAGGUCUAUCGCACAAUCCCCCUGUCGAUGAGGUGGUAAUUGAGUCGCCUUCUUUUUACAGAAGGCGAGUGCCAAAUCGGCAUACUCAGGUGGAAUGUGCAUGGUGGGAUCUUGGUUCGGGCUUUCCACCGUCGUUGCCCCUACGGAAACACCUACACACCGCCCGAAACACGGAUCAGACCAUCCCUUGAGAGCCCUCUGUUGCCAUGAAAUGUUGGGGUCAUGAGAUGUUAACCAGGGAAGCCCCAACACCACGGGAAACACAGGAGAAUCAAUAAAAUACAAACGUAGUAUCUCCUCAUGGCCCUCCUGCGUUUUCAUCCUGAGAGGCGCUGUGACUUCCCUAAUCAAUCCUGACCCCAAAGGGCGGCUAUCUAGGGAAUGGAUGGGGAAGGGCACAUCAACAGGUACAAUAGGAAUCCCUAACUUAUAGGUGAAUUGGCGAUCGAUAAAAUUCCCAGCUGCGCUUGAAUCUACUAGCGCCUUAUGCUGGGAGUGAGGAGAAACCUCGGGAAACACAACUUUAAUACACAUAUGCGCAACUGGGUGAGUUGGGUGCCUACUCACCUGGAAUGACUCAUCAGUGCGCUGCCUACUGCCUCGAUUCCUAGGAGACCCUCCCCAGCACCGACCAGCAGUGUGUCCUCUGCGGCCACAGUUGGUGCAGGGGACGGUCUCUCUCCUGGUCUCCCUAGCACCAGCACCUCCGAGCUCCAUAGGGGUCGGCUCGGAUGUGCUGGGGGAUGGAAUGGACAGCCCUGAAUCCGGACGUCCGCGGGUAGCCAACAGGGUAUCCAGGCGAAUGGACAUGUCCACCAGUUGGUCGAAGCUGAGGUUGGUGUCCCUGCAGGCCAAUUCCCGACGCACGUCCUCCCUCAGGCUACAUCUGUAGUGGUCGAUGAGGGCCCUCUCAUUCCAUCCCACGUUGGCAGCCAGCGUCCGGAAGUCCAGCGCGAACUCCUGUGCGCUCCUCCUCCCCUGUCUAAGGUGGAAUAGACGCUCACCCGCCGCUUUACCCUCUGGUGGAUGAUCGAAUACUGCCCUGAAGCGGCGGGUGAACUCCUCAUAGUUGACAGUAGCGGCAUCUAUUCCCCCCCACUCGGAGUUGGCCCACUCCAGCGCCUUGCCGGACAGACAGGAGAUGAGGGCGGACACGCUCUCGUAUCCCGAGGGCACCGGGUGGAUGGUUGCUAGGUAGAGUUCAACCUGGAGCAGGAAACCCUGACACCCGGCCGCUGUGCCAUCAUAAGCCCUCGGGAGCGAGAGCCGAAUCCCACUGGACCCCGGAGGUGAAGCUAUGGGCAUCGCCGAUGGUGGUGGUAUCGUUGGAGGAGGCGUAGGCAGACCCCCUCUUUCCCAUCGCUCCAUAGUGCUCACCACCCGUUCCAUGGCGGUGCCGAGAGCCUGGAUCAUGGCCGCUUGGUGUUCGAUGCGUUCCUCCAUUGAUCCAGCUGGCACCGCCGCUCCUGCUGACUCCAUGUGUGGUGUGUGAUUCUGUCAGGACGACGUGUAUGCGGUGAGCGAAGUCAAGCGCAGGACACCGAGCUACUGGCAGACAAACUUUACUUGCACAUUAAUCAAAAAUACCAAACAAAACCUCCAAACAGGGAGGAACAAAAUACGCAUACACCCGAACACUGCCGACCUCACGGAAAACAAUCACACACAAUAACCAAUGAGAGACAGGGGGUUAUAAAGGGAAUACAAUGUAACAUAAUGGGAAACAGGUGAAAACAAUCAAGACAAACUAGACAAACACCGAAACAUAGAUCGGUGGCAGCUAGUACUCCGGGGACGACGAACGCCGAAGCCUGCCCGAGCAAGGAGGAGGAGCAGCCUCUGCUGAUUCCGUGACAAUACUGCAACUUUCAGAUGAAGUUUGUGAGUGAAUUAAACAUGUUCAAUUGCUUUCAUGAGCUUAUUCUCUCACUGCCCUGAGUUUAAGACAAGGGUUUAGCUAUCUUGGAAUUAAGAACAAAUCCAAAAAUGUUAUUUUCAAGAAUCUAAUUUCUUCUUAACUUUUUGCUUAAGGAGAAACAUCAGAAAUAGCGCAAGAACAUUUCCAAUAAACUUUUUGAGGAAUAGCAACUUUGCUUAACUUUCUUCAUAAGUCUAUAUUUAAGGAAAAAAUGGCAGUUAAGAAGACAUUUCUUCUUAAGAAGGUUUUGUAAGUCUGGGCCCAGGUGACUACCUCAUGAAGCUGGUGAGAAUGCCAAGAGAGUGUGCAAAGCUGUCAUCAAGGCAAAGGGUGGCUACUUUGAAGACUUUGUUUAUCACUUUUUUUGGUUACUACAUGAUUCCAAAUGUGUUAUUUCAGAGUUUUGAUGUCUUCACUAUUAGUCUACAAUGUAGAAAAUAGUAAAAAUAAAGAAAAACCCUUGAAUCAGUAGGUGUGUCCAAACUUUUGACUGGUACUGUGUAUAAAAUAAAGAUUUAAAACACUGAUCUAUAUUACACAAAGGAAUAGGGAAAUUAUAUUAUUUUAUAAUAAUACAAUUGCUCAGAGAAAUAUUAUGUUGAACAAGUAAUACUUUUUUUUUCUCAAAAAGGUAGGGGUCAGAAUUAUUGACACCCCUAAAUAUUCUUAUAAAUGAAGUAGUCAAAAGUUUACUAUUUGAUUCCAUAUUCCUAACAUGCAAUGACUACGUCAAUCCUGUCACUCUGCAAACUUGUUGAAUGCAUUUGCAGUACAUUUUGAUUGUUUCAGAUUAUUUUGUGCCCCCCCAAUUAUUCAAGAUUAUCCGUAAUCAUGGUAGCAUCCACAUUAAUGUAGAAGUGUUCAGAAAUAUAUUAAGUUCUUAUUUACAAUAAAAGUGACUCCAAAAUGAUGCAAUACAUUAUUUACCAUUCAUUUCUAUUGGACACAACUUAAUCUGAAACCCAACCAAAACAAACUGUAAAGGCAUCCAACAAGUUUGUAGUCACAAGCUUGAUGUAGUCAUUGCGUGCCAGGAAUAUGGGACCAAAUACUAAACUCUUGACUAAAUGUAAUACACUAUACGUGAAUUUGUCCAAAUACUUAUGACACCUUCAAGUUGGGGGACAAGAUACAGUAUUUGCCCCCUUUCUGAUUUUCUCUAUUUUUGAUGCUGAAUGUUAUCAGAUUUUCAGCUUCCUUUAGCUGCAAUGACUGCAACUAAAUGCUUCAUGUAGUUGUUGAUCAGUCUAUCACAUCGCUGUGGAGGAAUUUUGGCUCACUCUUGCAUGCAGAACUGCUUUAACUCGGCGACAUUUGUGGGUUUUCAAGCAUGAACUGAUUGUUUCAAGUCCUGCCACAACAUUUCAAUUGGGAUUAGGUCUGGACUUUGACUAGGCCAUUCCAAAAAUUCAAAUGUACUGCUUUUUAACCAUUUUCAUGUAGACUUGAUAGUGUGUUUUGGAUAAUUGUCUUGCUGCAUGACCCAGCUGCACUUCAGCUUCAGCUCACAGACGGAUCACCUGACAUUCUCCUGUAGAAUUAUCUGAUACAGAGAAUAAUUCAUGGUUCUUUCUAUUAAGGCAAGUCGUCCAGGUCCUGAGGCAGCAAAGCAUCCACAAACCAUCACACUCCCACCACCAUGCUUAACCGUUGGUAUGAGGUUCUUACUGUGGAAUGAAGUUUUGGUUUUCGCCAGGCAUAAUGGGACCCAUGUUGUACAAAAGGUUGACUCAAGUUUGCAAAAAAGCACCUGGAAGCACCUGGAUGAUCAUCAAGACUCUUGGAAGAAUGUUCUAUGGACAGAUGAGUACAAAGUAUAACUAUUUGUCCCAUUAUGCCUGGCGAAAACCAAACACUGCAUUCCACAGUAAGAACCUACAGUCAAGCAUGAUGGUGGUAGUGUGAUGGUUUGUGGAUGCUUUGCUGCCUCAAGUCCUGGAUGACUUGACUUAAUAGAAGGAACCAUGAAUUCUGCUCUGUAUCAGAGAAUUCUACAGGAGAAUGUCAGGCCAUCCGUCUAUGAGCUGAAGUUGAAGCGCAGCUGGGUCAUGCAGCAAGACAAUGAUUCAAAACACACAAUCAAGGCUACAUGAAAAUGGCUAAAAAGCAACACAUUUGGAAGUUUUGGAAUGGCCUAGUCAAAGUCCAGAACUAAUCCCAAUUGAGAUGAUGUGGCAGGACUUGAAACGAGCAGUUCAUGCCUGAAAACCCACAAAUGUUGCUGAGUUAAAGCAGUUCUGCGUGGAAGAGUGGGCCGACAUUCCUCCACAGCGACGUGACAGACUUAUAAACAACAACGGGAAGUGUUUGGUUGGAGUUAUUGCAGCUAAAGGUGGCACAACCAGUUAUUGAGUGUAAGGGGGCAAUUACUUUUUCACACAGGGGCAUUGGGUGUUGCAUAACUUUGUUUAUGAAAAUAAAUUAAAUAAGUAUGUAAUUGUUGUGUUAUUUGUUCACUCAGGUUCAUUUUAUCUAAUAUUAGGUUUUGGAUGAAGAUCUGGUAACAUUCAGUAUCAAAAAUAUGCAAAGGUAGAGAGAAUUAGAACGGUGGCAAAUACUUUUUCACAGCACUGUACAUGAAGUGCUUUAAUUUCUAAAUGGUAAAACGGACACAUGAAAAUGCCCUCAAAUAAAUAAAAGGUGACAUUCUGUACUGUUGCCUCAUAUAAAACAUUUGACCUCAUAUCCAAAAUGCUGGAGUAUAGAGCCAAAUUAAACGUUUUAGCUAAACUGUCCAAAUAAGUUGGAGUGUAUUAUAAGAUGUAUUUUAACAAAACGGUGACAUUUUUUUUUCUCUUAAGGGGAAUGGCACCAGUAUGACGAUGUCGUAUAUCCACAACCAAAACAAGACCUUCUGUCACGUGUUACCAACUGGUUUCAGUGGUGGGAUAAUGUGAAGAGCAACUUAGUAAAGGGAAGACAGAUGGCUGGAAAGGUGAUGUUGGAAGGCAUCUUUGAUCUUCUGAGAACCUGGACUGAAGUGAAUGUGAGGCGUUUCUUUUCCCAGCUCCAGCAAUUCUUCACCACAUACAGCUAUCCCCGUGUCCAUGACGGUGGAGAGGCACCAUGGGAAUUAUCGUUUGGAGCAGAACAGGUAUAUUUAAAUUUGACAUCUAUAUGAAUGCUGCAAUAUAUGUAUAGUGUCUAUAGAAAGUCUAUACCCCCUUGAACUUUUUUUCACAUUUUAAUGCGUUACAAAGUGGGAUUGAAAUAGAUUUAAUUGUAAUUUUUUGUUAUUGAUAUAAACAAAAUACUUGAUAAUGUCAAAGUGAAAAGAAGAUUUGACAAAUUCAUAAAAAUGUAAUAACUACACAGGAUCUGGUGUGACCACCGUUUGCCUCAUGCAGCGCGACACAUCUCCUUCACAUAGAGUUGAUCAGACUGUUGAUUGUGCUGGUUUUACUUUAAUUUAAAAAAAAAUUUACAUUAUAGAAUAAUAAUGAAGACAUCAAAACUAUGAAAUAACACAUAUGGAAUCAUGUAGUAAUCAAGAAAGUGUUAAACAAAUCAAAACAUAUGUUAUAUUUGAGAUUCUUCAAAUAGCCACCCUUUGCCUUAAUGACAGCUUUGCACACUCUUGGCAUUCCCUCAACCAGCUUCACCUGGAAUGCUUUUCCAACAGUCUUGAAGGAGUUCCCACAUAUGCUGAGCACUUGUUGGCUGCUUUUCCUUCACUGCGGUCCGAAUCAUAAUAAUAAUAAUAAUAUAAUAUGGCAUUUAGCAGACGCUUUUAUCCAAAGCGACUUACAGUCAUGGGUGCAUACAUUAUAUAUAUUUUUUUGUGUGUGGGUGGUCCCGGGGUUCGAACCCACUACCUUGGCGUUACAAGCGCCGUGCUCUACCAGCUGAGCUACAGAGGACUCAUCCCAAACCAUCUCAAUUGGGUUGAGGUCGGGUGAUUGUGGAGGCCAGGUUAUCUGAUGCAGCACUCCAUCACUCUCCUUCUUGGUCAAAUAGCCCUUACACAGCUUGGAGGUGUGUUGUGUCAUUGUCCUGUUGAAAAACAAAUGAUAGUCCCACUAAGCCCUAAUUUCCCAUUGAAAUCGACCUUUAUAAUAAAAGCAUAGUGGGAUAGUAGAUUGACAUAGGCUAGUGCUUUUGCUGUUCGUUAGGCCUACUCAUCCUGUUGGCUGACGAAAAGUAAAUGUGGACAGUUCUUCCAAAAUCUACAAUAUGCACCUCGGAAUUGGAUAAGGACGCGAGCAGUUGUGUCCCCGAAGUGUCUGUCUUCACUUGUAGCCUGUGAGAAAGACCCGAUCACGUGAUGGAGAAUCACAACAAAUUACAAUUAAAUACAUUUUUAUCCCACUUUGUAUUACAAUAAAAUGUGAAGAAAUCCAAGGAAACCGCCCAGGACUUCAAAUCUAUAGCCGUCAUAUUCGUGUGUACAGUCAACAAAAUGAAACAUACAUACGCAAACACAAAAUAUUUUCCACAUUGUAAAAGGUAAAUCUGUCUUUAAAAAAAAUGUUUAUAUGUGAGGUCAUAUAAAGUAAUUCUGUUUCAAAUGCGAAGUGAUAUUAAUAAAAUGUUGAGUGAUAUUUUUCAUUAUUUCUACGUAUUCCCUCAGGUGAGAAGCCUCAUGAAAGACUUCAUGGAGGAAAACCUAGAUCCUCAGUCCCAAAAGAGAAGAGAAAAGCAUGACGUUUUCCUCUCAGACCCACUGAAAGCAGGAAUUAUCAUCCUGAUUGUGUACAACAAGUACAGAUUGAAAGAGGACAACAGAGAUCAACUCUCUCAUCUUUGUCAGCUGCUCUGCCUGCCAAAAAAGUCAAGAGACGAUUUCCUUGCAUACUGGACAGACUUCACCCGAGGCCUACCCGAGCAUAUUGGGUAUAUGUUCGUAGUCUUUUAUUCAGUUAAAAGCACGUAACCUUGAAAUCCGGAGGUUAUUAUGAAUGUCAAGCUAAUAUGUGGUUAUUUGUAUAUAUAUCUAGUGUUGCAGAGGAAGUUGAGGGGCUUUGCAACGUUGCAAAAGAGGGGAGUGUUGUGAGAUGGAUCUUAGUCAUCCCUCUCCUGCAUCUGCUUAGAGGGGACAGCAAGCCUUUUGAACCCAUUCCAUCCACCAUGGAUCCACCGUUGACCACCUGGGCAGGGCUUAAAGGGAUCCGAAAUAAAGACCCCUACAGAAGCACAAGGUAUGAAUCCGUGAUAAUGUUGAAUGAGAUUGUUUCCAAUUGCUGGAGUUUAAAUGGAACUUGAAUACAACCGUUUUUGAUGAGCUGCAUUUCGGACUUGUAUCAGAAAACAUUUUCUUCUCACUGUAGAAUAUGUUUAAUAUCUUAAAAUCUUAAUGAGACUGACUCUGAAUCCAGGGGCCUGAUGAAGGUCAUGACAGAUCACUCACACCUGGUGGAGGUGGAUCAUCUGCUUGUGCGCUCCUGGAUGUGUCUGCUGGAGUUGGAAGACUUGAUGAGCUUUAUAUCGGUCAUCCAUGUGGGUGUCUUGGACACACUUCAGCAACUCCAGUUCAGUCUCAAGUCUCACUACAACCAUGGGGUAUGUGUCCUUUGUUGAAAAUGCAGUUAUUGCUUGCAACAGUGAGGCAAAAAUAAUGAGUAGGAAAUGUGUUAUGCCCUGUGAUUGAAUUUUGGAUGCAGUUCAUAACUGUGAGUUCAUCGUCUGCUUUGACUUGAGAAUCGCGGCAUAUUAUAUAUUAUAUUAUUAUGUAAUCAUAUCAAGGUAAUACAAUGUCAAAGAUUUAGUGGUGAUAUCAAAUCAAAUCACAUUUUAUUGGCCACAUGCGCCGAAUACAACAGGUGCAGACAUUACAGUGAAAUGCUUACUUACAGCCCUUAACCAACAGUGCAUUUAUUUUUUACAAAAAAGUAAAAAUAAAACAACAACAAAAAAAGUGUUGAGAAAAAAAGAGCAGAAGUAAAAUAAAAUAACAGUAGGGAGGCUAUAUGUACAUGGGGGGGGGGGGGGGGGGGGGGGGGUACCGGUGCAGAGUCAAUGUGCGGAUACUGUACUUAACAACAUUAUGUUAUUUGCCUAGCAACCAGUGAAAGCCAUUUUGUCGUAUCUUAUUGAAACGACUGGACAACACUUCAGGUAAAGAAAUUCUAUUUUGACGAUGUUAUAUCUGGAGAAAACAUCCAACAAUUGAAUGUGACAUUCCUUAAUAUAUUGUAUUAGAAAUAAUCAGAGCUUCAUGCAGGUCCUGUAGUGUUCCUUGACCCUUGACCCCUCAAGUUAUUCCUUGUUAUUAUCAGUGAUAACAGAUAUGGAGAAUGUUGCUUGAAAACAGCUGUGAGCGUUCUGGAGACAAUCUGUAAGAUCACUGCUGAUUCAGACCGCUGUGAGCUUCCACUGGACUGCCUGCAACUGGUCAGUCUGAUUGCAGAAACCACUGGAAGCUUCCAUCCACAGGUACCCCCUAUGUGAACGGAAAGUAUUUUGCUUUCUGAAUAUUUGCCGGUUCUGAAUAUCUUUUGCUGUUCAUUUCCAGACUAAAUCAAAUGACAUAAUGAAGAUAUUCCAGGACUUCUCAACUUGUUCAUGUUCUGAUAGUUUUGUAUUGCUUUAUUUGAGCACAAUUCUUGGUAAAAGUGAUUGAAUGCAAACACAUUUUUAAAUGAGGAAUGAGAGAAAAAUAUGAGUGCUAUUCUGCAUAAUUAUAAUAUGAUCAUUAUAGUAUAAUAUUAUUAAUAAGAAUAACUCAAUUUGAUCAAUGUCUUGGUUCCCAGUCAGCGGAAAACAAAGUUCUGGAGGAGACACUUCGAACAAUGAGGGACUGGCGGCGAAAAGCAUUCCCAAAGAAACCGGUUUACCAUGGGUCCUGUUUUCCCUCAAAGAAUGAGCUUACGGUAGGAUUGUUAAGCUUAAAGUCCAAGCAAUGGACUGUGCAGUUUUAAAUCCUCAUCAGAAGAAUCAGUCAAAAAUGAUUUUUUACAUAGCAUAGCAUUUUGUUGUGUACAGUGUUUGUUUAACAUUCAGAGAGAUUAAUCAUGAAGGUUAUUUUCUCUAGGUCUGGAAAAGGUUGAUCUCAGUCACUUUUGGGAAUGAAGAACUCACUGAACGAUGGAGAAGUACUUUCCUAAAUGAUUUUGAAGGAAAACUAAAAACGGUAUUAAUUAUGCUUUAAAUAAAUUGUAAAACAUAUUUAAAUAAACUUUUAAAACAUAUAAUACAAUUAAAAGGGUCAAUCCGGGAUUGGUACAUACAUUUUUAGACUUUUUAUCAUACGCUUAGGUGAACUGUCAUUCCCCAUCAGAACCAAAAAUAAAAGCUUGUUUGUAAACAAGGUAAUUGUAAGCAAACAUUGUAUAGAUUCACAACAUAGUUAAAACUAUAAUUUUGAUCUCAUUGAUGGUCCUUGCAUUCAUAGCUUUGUCUAUGAAGUGGUUAUAUUUCUCCAGCCCCAUACCUCAGCUGUUUACCAGAACACGCGGCGGGGUGGCUGCUUUAUAGUUUUCGAUUUCCGGAGUGCCCCUUUAACUAAAAUAAUAGCCAUUUGUACUACUAUGAAAGUAAAAACUGUUGAUCAUGUGUGUGUCGUCCAUCAGGAGAAGCCCAUGCAUCUGAUUGAAAUCUACUGUGACAAGAUGGAGGAAGUGGGCAAGAUAAGUCCCUCUUUGUGUAACUCUCUGGAGAAAUGUGCCUUGGAGGCAGUCACCGCCAUUUGCAAGGCAAGAUUACGUUUUUAAUCAUACUGUAUGAACCUCGAAUGCUACAAUUCUUUGAAGAGCGUAUGACAGUAAAUGCUUCAUCCUAUUUUAAAAAGUUGAACGGUUUCCAUGUUGGAUUUGUGUCUCACCACGUCUUACCACUUUUCAUUAUCAGGACACAUCUAAUCUUCGUGAGCUGUUGAAGAAACAUGACUUUAGCAAGUUUGAGAAGCUGAUGUCUGUGAUAGUCCUGAAGUCCUGGCCCAAAACCGACGAUGGACGGUACGUCGAGGGCGAGGAGUUAGUGAUGAAGCACCUUCUGAGCUGGCCUAUGGCCAGAAGCAUCUUUCGAGUACAAGGUGCAUAUAUUAUACAUGCAUUGCAUUGCAACACAUACAAAAAAGAAAAUAACACAUACCUGCCUUUAUUGCAUUCAGAGAAUUUGCAUUCAGAGAAUUUGCAUUCAGCUAUUUCCUUUGCAUUCAGAUAUUUCCUUUGCAUUCAGAGCCUUUGCAUUCAGAGCCUUUGCAUUCAGAGCCUUUGCAUUCAGAUCCUUUGCAUUCAGAUCCUUUGCAUUCAGAGCCUUUGCAUUCAGAGCCUUUGCAUUCAGAUCCUUUGCAUUCAGAGCCUUUGCAUUCAGAGCCUUUGCAUUCAGAGCCUUUGCAUUCAGAGCCUUUGCAUUCAGAGCCUUUGCAUUCAGAGCCUUUGCAUUCAGAUCCUUUGCAUUCAGAUCCUUUGCAUUCAGAUCCUUUGCAUUCAGAUCCUUUGCAUUCAGAUCCUUUGUAAGUAAGGCCAUUUCCCCCCCAUUUCUUUCUACCCUCAAUUGACACGUUUGUCUACUUUCAGGCGCAAAUGGAGCAAUGAUUAACCGGUUGACAGAUGAAGCUAAAGAGCGGAUGGCCGUGGCAAGCUCUGCGUUCUGUUCUGUCGCAAAGAAAUUCAUCAACGGGGAAAUCCAGAUUAAGACUCUCAAUCAAGUCCUCCAAAGAAAAACAGAAUUCACUGAGCUGCUGAAUAUAGGUGAUUGUUCUGGGCAAUAGUCAACAAUAAAAAAAAUAUAUAGUUCAUAUUGUUUCACUACAGAAGGAAAAAGAACAUCUCAAACUGUAGGAUGUGUGUUUUUCCACAACAGAUGUCCUGUGUGAUGAUGGUCGUUGUCAGGACGGGAAAGCCAUGAAACAAUUGCUGAAAUGGAGAGAGGAGGAAAUGGAGGCUAUCACCAAUGACAAGGAGAUGGUUGAAGGCCUUCUCAUAUUUUGCCACAAACUGCAGGAACAUCUCAAAAGUGAGUUCAAUGUUUUUACCACUGUAUAUAUUUCUUAAGAGCUUAUGAUAUUUAAGUAUUUGCAAAAUGUCCCUCAUGCAAAACAGCACUGAUAUUUUUUGUUGUUGACAUUUUAGUCAUUUUAGCAGACGCUCUUAUCCAGAGCGACUUACAAUUAGUGAGUGCAUACAUUUUUCAUACUGGCCCCCCGUGGGAAUCGAACCCACAACCCUUGCGCUGCAAGCGCCAUGCUCUACCAACUGAGCUACAGGAGGGCCAAUAUCAGUGGCGUAUCACAAGCCCCCCCCCAAACAUUUGUUGAAUAUGCUGAACAAAAAUAUAAACGCAAAGUGUUGGCCCCAUGUUUCGUGAACUGUAAUAAAAGAUCCCAGAAAUGUUCCAUAUACACAAAAAGCUUAUUUCUCUCAAAUAUUUAGUACAAAUGUGUUUACAUCCCUGUUAGUGAGCAUUUCUCCUUUGCCAAGAUAAUCCAUCCACCUGACAGGUGUGGCAUAUCAAGAAGCUGAUUAAAAAGCAUGAUCGUUACACAGGUGCACCUUGUGCUGUGGCGGUCACGAAAUGUUGUGUAGAAAAUGUAGUCUAUUUCAGAAGAACAGAAUAGCAUACUCUGAGUUGUCCUUAUGUGGCUAUGCCAAAUGGCUGUGGGCUACACUAGUUCAUUUAGCAGACAAGAUUUGCUUAGAAUUCUGUGGCAUUAUUUUAUAUUAUUUCAUAGUAUGAAGAAUACAAUUGAACAAAGCUAAAUAAAAUAGAGAGGAUAUUUUCUCCAAACGAUUUGAGGGAGUGCGAACAUGCGGCUAUUCUGUGUUGAGCGGUUAACAAAGAAAUAGGUAUUCCUAUAUGCUUAAUUUAGAGUUAUUAAUGUAACUUUAGUUGUUCUACAAACGUUAUUUAUUAUUUUAACGGCUAUUGUUUUGAUUUUUAAUAAGUCUUUUACUUUUGGUUUUGUACACCAGCUUCAAACAGCUGAAAAUACAAUGUUUUGGUUCUGGAAAAUAUGUUUCGUAGUGGUUUAGAUGGUAUAGUGAUUCUCUACCAGGGGUUCCCAAACUGUUUCACUCUGGGCCCCCCUUGCAGCAUUGGGGAACAUCCGGCUAUAAUAGUGAAGACAUCAAAACUAUGAAAUAACACAUAUGGAAUUAUGUAGUAACCAAAAAAGUGUUAAACAAAUCAAAAUAUAUUUUAUAUUUUAUAUUCUUCAAAGUAGCCUUGAUGGGUCAAGGGUCAAGGGUCAAGGAACACUACAGGACCUGCAUGAAGCUCUGAUGAUUUCUAAUACAAUAAAUUAAGGAAUGUCACUUUCAAUUGUUGGAUGUUUUCUCCAGAUAUAACAUCGUCAAAAUAUAAUUUCUUUACCUGAAGUGUUGUCCAGUCGUUUCAAUAAGAUAUGACAAAAUGGCUUUCACUGGUUGCUAGGCAAAUUAUUUCCCUUUCACUGGUUGCUAGGCAAAUAAUUUCGCUUUCACUGGUUGCUAGGCAAAUAAUUUCCCAGAGAAGGAGGCGAUUUAAGAAAACUGUGUGAUACCGUUACAGAAUGCAGAACUUUGGAUUAUUGUAGUUUUGUUAAUUGCAUACAUUUCUUUGCUUGAGGAAAUUGUAGCCCUAUGACUUCUUGACAUAACACUUCUGGUUAAUGUUCUUGUAAAUACCAUAUUAAUCCACAGUCGAUAUGAGAGAGCUGCAGCACAAAAACCAAGGGAACAUCGAUCAGAUGACGCUGGAUGAAUUCAUGGAAGUUCACAGACUUGACCACGCCUCCUCUGACGUAACUGGGGUGGUCACAUACUUCAACCUCUGUGAUGUCACCAGGCAGAUGGCAUCUACCCUACAUGCUAUCGGGGACAGCUACAUUUUCACCAUGUGUUGGGAGAACCAAGCCAAAGAGCUUUCACACAACCAACUUGACACAGAUGAGACAGAACCAAAGCCUGAGAGGGAGACGGAAGAUUACACUCUCGAUCUGAUCCACAGCAAAAUAUUCCAGAGUUGCAUCGAUAACUACACGAGGAUCUAUGAGAGUUUGAGAUCUGGCACUAUGUCAUUGAAGGAGGUGGAUAGCAUCUUUGAAGCCUACAAAGACAAGUACAAAGACAUGGAAAAAGAUCUGAAGAUCAUGCGCAGGAUCAACUCAUCUGAUGAUGGAAGAUGGAUCAAGAGCAGGAUCCAGCAGAUCAAACAAUACCAUGACCUUCAUCUAGCAUUGGAAUCAGCCAAGGUCAUCAUGGAUGUUAGAGAGACUAUCUGUCCUCAAGGGGACUUCAAAGUGCUACAGACACUGCUGGAUAUGGUGAGUUGGCAAAAAUUCUCACAGUCCACAUUUUCACUUCACAAAAGUGAUCUUGUUUCAAUAUAUUAAGCAUUUCUACACUCUUAGGAAAAAAAAAGGUGCUAUCUAGAACCUAAAAGGGUUAUUCGGCUUUCCCCAUAUGAGAACCCUUUUGGGUUCUAUCUGGAACCAUGUAGCAUCACUAUACUCUAUUCAUAUAAAUUAUUUAUGGUGUUUUCCAGAAUACUGAGGACUUUAAAGAAGAGAGUCUGAAUCGCAUUGAUGACAAUCUGCUGGAGAUCAAGAAGGUUCUUGAGGACAUCACAGAACCUCGCAGACGGUGUCUUCGAGAGCUCAGCCUGAGGAUAAACUUUGUCAAAUGGGUCAAAGAAGCUCUUGAAGGUGAGGUCAUACCAGAAGGCAAGGCAGAAAAAAAGCAGCAGCAGUAACUAGCACCAACUAGUUAGGGUUCGCCAUAACGAACUCAACGUUUUUUUUGCAAAAGGGAUAAAUGUUUUAUGUUUUUGCUGUUGUAGAUAUCAACGAGCUGAAAGUGUUUGUUGACCUGGCCUCCAUCUCCGCCGGAGAGAACGACUUGGAUGUGGACCGUGUAUCCUGUUUCCAUGACGCUGUUCUUGGUUACUCCUCCAUGCUCUAUGGGCUUCCACCAGAUACCGACUUUCAUGCCUUCAAGGAGGCUUUGACAAAACUAUGGAAGGCGCUUGGAAAUGACAGCAACAUACCAAAUAAGCUGGUUAGAUGUUAUGAUAAUUAUGGCAUGUUUAAUAUUUUGGGAGAGCUUGUCAAACCUGAAGGACUGAGGCCUGUAUUUGAACAUUGCAGAUAGUGGAUUUUCAGCACUACACUUUCAGAAUUGUGUUUGAUUUGCAGAGCACCAUUUACCGGACAUUACAUAAUAUAUAAUGUAAUAUAUUUAGCAGAUGCUUUUAUCCAAAGCGACUUAGUCAUGCGUGUGUAAAUGUUUUACUUAUGGGUGGACCCGGGAAUCAAACCCACUAUGCUGUCGUUGCGAGCGCCAUGCUCCUCUACCAGCUGAGUUGGACAUAAAUAAUGCUUUUAAAAAACCAAUUCACGAUUGUUUCCUCCCUGAUUGCAGCGGGAUACUGCACGCCAUUUGGAGUGGCUGAAAACGGUAAAGGACAGCCAUGGUUCUGUGGAACUCUCUUCUCUAUCAUUGGCCAAAUCCAUCAACAAAAGAGGCAUCUACGUCAUCAGUGCACAAAACCAGAAUAAGGUUUGUUCAAUAAAAUUGGGAGGUUACUGUGUUUUAUACAUAAAAAAAAAAAAAAGAUUAAUUGACACGAGUUUGUUGGAAGAUGUAUCUUCAUUAAGGAGUCACUGUCUAUUAGUGCUGAGCGAUUCCCGCCCUCUAAAGGCACUAAUCGCUCAGCACUACUGUCUAUGUUUGUACUCAUACAAGGUCUUCCAUUUCUUUCCGCUAUUGUUUAACAAACAUCUGUAAGCACUUUCCUGAAGUAGAUUGAUGCUUCUUAUAUUGGAUCUUGUCCAUUUUUGUCUUCUUCAAUAGCUGAGUUUAGACACUGCCCUGAAGCUGCAGAUUCCAGAACAGCAGGAGGAAGGUCAGAUGCGUAACUACUCCUUAGAAGACCUGAGAGAUCUGCAGAACAAGCUCAUGCUGAUGUCUGGAAAGGGGGAGCAAAGCCAGAGUGAGGUGGAUCACUUUGCUGAGGUAAGGCGAUUGGGUGACCUUGAGGAUCAUCACACACCUGAAAAUAAUAAUCACUGAAAAUAUCAUGCUAUCACAGGGCUCUUUUUUAAAUUUAAAAUACCCUGGGAUGAUAUUUUUUAUUUGUAAUAUAUGAUUGUAUGUACAGAAACUGAACUGAACCAUAAACAAUAACUUGCUUUAUCUUCUCAGGUUUUUGACAGUGUCCAGCGGCUAGCUGUAGCAUUUGUAGACCUUUAUGCAGCUGGGAACCCACUGUUUAGGUGUUGGGAGGCCAAGAUUCACUGUAAUACUGAAAGUGAUACUGGUAUUGUAAUGGAAUUCAACCUUGGCGACAUCCUACAAAACACCAGGCUGGAGGGCAAUGCAAUGGACCAUCUCACAGACCUGUGCAGGAAGAUAGAGGUGUGUUUGGAUGACUGGAACAGAUUCAUGGACAAACAAAGAUCUCAGCACUAUUACCUCAACUAUUACACAGCAGAGCAGAUAGUCUACCUUUGUAAUGUUUUGACGGAGAAAAAUGUGAACACUAAAUUGGAUGAAAAGGUGUUGAUGAUGCUCUCUUUCAUCAAACCUGACUGCUCUGUGUCAGAUGUGUGGGAGGCAUGGAUGACUUUUCAGAACAGCGUGACAGAAACUCUGAAAGACAAAGACACCAGAUAUCAGACAUUCGUUGACCUUCAUGAUGACUUGGGAGACUUUGAUUCUUCUUUUGCUGGUGAGGGAAAAGGUGCCAUCGAUGUUCUGCAGAGCCUUUUGGACAAGGCUGUUGGUUUACAAAAACUGGAUCUGGUCUGGGAUACUUACAUGAGAGAUAUGAGGAGCAUUCUCCAGGACUCCUUAGACACCAUAAGCUUUGGUCGUCUGCUAGAGAUGUUGGCCAACAAAGAGAACCAGGAAGAAGAUGAUGGAGAAGAACCCAUGCUUUUAGAACCAAGUGAGAAUACGGUCAGGAGAAAGCUCCCAAAAGGCCUCUUCAAUUGUCAACCUAAUCUCAUCAUCUGCCCACAAGAUGAAAUCUUGACUUCAAGCAUCUGCUUGUAUAUGACCAGUGAUUAUGAGCAGCUGCCUACCUACGACGAAGUCCUCCUGUGUACCCCUGCCACGUCCUAUGAGCAGGUGGAGCUUUUCUUCCGGCGAUGUCUCACACCGGGCUACAUGGGUGAGAAGAUCUACACCCUGCUCUUCGCAGACCAGCUGAGCUACGAGGUGAGCUAUGCAGUGGAGAAGCUCUUUCAGAAACUGAGUUCAUGCACCAGGAGCAGCAACUAUAGGCUGGUGAUCAUCUGCAGCGCAGAAAGAGAGCACGCCUACAUCCCCUCUGCCUUCAGUCACUUCAAACGGAACAUGGUGCCACGGGAGUCUCUUGAGAGGAUUCAGAGAUACCUGUCCAGGCACUACACUGUCCCCUCACACCAGACCAGUGCAGCAUCUGUGUUCAAAGGUAGACACUUUGUUGGGAUUGUGUCUUCACAGAGGGCUGGAGUUGGUGAGUUUUAUACCGUAAAGAGUUUUGUUACUUCAUAUAGUCCCACAGAGCCAAACGUAUACAUAUAUUUCAUAUUAUGAAUGUGUUCUUUUAAAAAAUGUGCGUUUUUUUGAUAUUCAGUAGUUUCAGUUGCAAGUCUUGAGUUUCAGGAAUACUAAUAGUUUAUACUCUCUCAACACAUAUGAGUUCUUUAGGCAGAAAAUAUUCUAUGCCUAUACAUUUGACCUAGGUCUUUGUAGAGCUGAAUCAAAUGUUUUAUUUAUUUGUAGGAAAAUCCCUGUACAUACAGAGGUUGUAUGAAAAACUGGAGGGAACUGUGACAAUGGGAACCACAUUCCGCAAAUGCAUUCGCUUAAUUGAGCCCAAGGUUGAUGAGCAUAUCAUUCUUCAGUCCUUGUUUGAAACGCCAGAGAGCAAGGAACACAAAGUCUUUCAUUUUGAUGUCACAUCCUCGGUAAAUACUCCUCUAGCAUUAAUAAGAUAUUGAAAAUGUUGAUGUUUUUCUGUGCCGGCAGAUUUACAUGCGUGCUAUUGAUGUUCUCCAGGUACAGAAAGGACUGCAUGAAUUUCUAUUCAAACUGUUCUUCCUGCGUUAUCUGACGGAUUCCGAUGGACUGAUGUGGAAAUGCAGCAACAAACACUUGUAUGUGAUUGAGACACUACAAUCCACCAAAGAACCGCCCGGACAUGCCUCGAGAUCUGUAAGUGUCAAUCCAUUUUUAUUUGGUCAUUUCACGUGAAACGGUUUGAAGUAUACCGUUAAGUAGCCCUACCAAACUCAGACAGGUGGCUAGCUGCUAGCAUGCUAAAUGGACAUUUCUCCACUCUUCAACCUAAUAUUCAUCAUCUCCAGCACCACCUCAACAUCAACAUAAUGUGUGAACUGCAGGUUUCAAUGUUUUGUGGUCAAAAAGGAUAGUGGAACAUAAGUGUUUUCCGAUGCCAUCAUCUGGUGUGUGCAUCAUGUAAUUUUAACCAACUAUGAGCAGGAAAAGUUUGAUUUACUACAUUUUAGGAAAACUCUAUAUUAAAGGGGAAGGAUCACAAAAAUUAUUCUAUCACGUUAUAUUUUCUUUACCUUGAAAGUAGUCCAUGGGGUGGAGUCAGCAACGCAACAUUUGACUUUGUUUACUAAGCUACAGUGAUCUACGGCUAGCAUUAGCAUUGUUUUCGGCUAGCAUUAGCAUUGUUUUCGAAAAAGUGUGAUGAUGAUGCGUUUCGCUUCUUAUGAUGCAUUUUGCAUCAUCACACUUUUUGCUUUGUCCAGAAAAUAAUUGUAUCUUAAUAAUUUUACUGCUGACAUGCACACUUUUUUUGGGACCAUAUCAACAGUGGACUAAUGAACAAAAUACACAAAUAUUUAAUACAUAUUUAGUAAUAGUAUUUUGAGUAAAAUAUAUAUUUAAAUACUUUUUCUGUUGGACAUCCCAUUUUAAUCGUGGAGGUAGUGUUUGUCAAAAUACUUCAUAUGGUUAAUAUUAUAUAAAUAUAUAUUAUAUAUAUGAUAUAUUAAUAAUAUUAAUCUUAAUUUGUCUGUUUAGGAUCCAAAGGGACACUUUCCUCUCUUUGAGGUCUUUCCUAAGGUCUUCUGCCGUCCACCAAAAGACGUUAUGGGGUUGGAAGCGAGAAAUGGAGAUGAUCCGGUGCUGGACACUGAGGACCCACUCAUGGAUGACCAGUGUUUCAGGAGUGAGGCCUUUCAAAGACCAUACCAGUAUCUAACACGGUUCCAUAGGGGUGAGAAUCUUGACAGCUUCAACUACCAAAGAGUUGAAGGAACUCAUGCAGAGUGCCUUCAAAUGCUCUUCAUCUACUGUGGUAUAAUUGAUCCAUCAUGGGCAGAACUGAGGAACUUUGCCGGAUUUCUCAAUCUUCAGUUGCUAGACUGUGAGACAUCUGAUUUCUGCAACUUUGAGUUUGUUGGAGACACUCUUGGGGGAUUCCGAAACUUUGUGGUUGACUUCAUGAUCUUGAUGGCCAAGGACUUUGCCACUCCAUCUCUCUGCAUCGCUGACCAGAGCCAUGGGAGGCAGCCGAUGGACAAUGGACUCAACGAAAGAGAUCUAGCCCCGUUCCUCAUCAGAAAGAGAUGGGAAUCAGAACCACAUCCAUACAUCUUUUUCAAUGAUGACCAUGCGUCCAUGACCUUCAUUGGAUUUCACCUACGGGAGAAUGAGCAAAAUGGGGUUGAUGCCAUUAAUCCAUCAACAAAUGUGGUGAUCAAGAGAAACAUCAUGACCAAAGACCUGUACAAUGGCCUCAGACAUCAAAGAGUUCCCUUUAACAUCGACUAUGACCAACUUUCUCGAGCAGAUAAGAUUGAGCGUCUAUGUAGUGUGCUGGGGAUCAAGUGGCCAACAGACCCUGAUACAACAUAUGAGCUCACCACCGACAACAUACUGAAGAUGAUGGCCAUCCACAUGAGGUUCAGGUGUGGCAUUCCAGUCAUCAUAAUGGGGGAGACUGGCUGUGGGAAGACACGGCUCAUCAAGUUCCUGUGUGAGUUGAGAAGGAGUGGGGCGCCCACGGAGAACAUGAAACUCGUCAAAGUUCACGGUGGAACUACGUCUGACAUGAUCUACAACAAGGUGCGGGAGGCAGAGAAGAUUGCGGUUGCCAAUAAAGAGGAACAUGAUUUUGAUUCUGUUCUUUUCUUCGAUGAAGCUAAUACCACUGAAGCAAUAAGCAGCAUUAAGGAGAUCCUGUGUGACAACACUGUGCAAGGACAACAACUCAGCUCCCAAACUGGCCUGAAAAUCAUUGCUGCAUGCAAUCCUUACAGGAAACACACAGAUGAGAUGAUCAAGAGGCUGGAGGCAGCUGGUUUGGGGUACAGGGUCCGAGCUGAAGAGACUGAAGAAAGACUGGGAUCCAUCCCUCUUCGCCAGCUGGUGUAUAGGGUCCAAGUGUUGCCCCCAAGCAUGAUCCCUCUGGUGUGGGACUUUGGGCAACUCAGUGACCACACAGAGAAAAUGUACAUCCAGCAGAUUGUGCAGAGAGUUGUGGAAACAAAUUCAAUCAACAGAGGAUCCAUCAGGAUGAUCACUGAUGUGCUGUCGUCGUCGCAGACAUUUAUGAGGGAGAGGAAAGAUGAAUGCAGCUUUGUCAGUCUCAGGGACGUGGAGCGCUGCAUGCAAGUAUUUGUGUGGUUCUACAACAACCACUCGCUGUUUCAGGAUGAGUUAAAGGCAUUCCUCCAGAAACAACCGCAGGAGGAGAGGAGCAGGAGUGACCAGCUACACUCACCUGCCAGUGAUCCAGUUGAUUGGUCACUGUUGAUGGCUGUUGGUGUAUGUUAUCAAGCCUGUCUAGAAGGAAAAGGUGAAUACCAGACCGCAAUCUGCGAAUUCCUUCCCCAAGUCACCCCAAAGAAGAUGAAGCAGGAGAUCUCAGUCAUGCAGGACCUUCUCCUAAGCGGUGUCCCAAUGGGAGAGACAAUAGCAAGAAACAAGGCUUUGAAAGAGAAUGUCUUCAUGAUGGUGAUCUGUAUCGAGUUACGAAUCCCCCUGUUUUUGGUUGGCAAGCCCGGGAGCUCCAAAUCUCUGUCCAAAACUUUGGUUGCAGAUGCCAUGCAGGGCCAAGCUGCACAUUCUGAGCUGUACAAAAGACUGAAACAGAUUCACCUGGUGUCCUUUCAGUGCAGCCCUCACUCCACGCCAGAGGGCAUCAUCAACACUUUCAGACAAUGUGCCCGCUUCCAAGAGAGCAAGAAUUUGGAGGAGUACAUCUCCGUUGUUGUGCUAGAUGAAAUUGGACUGGCAGAGGACUCCCCAAAAAUGCCUCUGAAAACAUUGCACCCUUUACUGGAGGAAGGCUGCAUCGAUGAUGAGCCACUGCCUCAUAAGAGGGUUGGAUUCAUUGGCAUCUCCAAUUGGGCCUUGGACCCUGCCAAGAUGAACAGAGGCCUCUUUGUGUCCCGUGGUGACCCGGACCAAAAUGAGCUACUCGAGAGCGCGAAAGGCAUAUGCUCGUCUGACAAGAUGAUUCUGGAGAAGGUUAAGCACCUCUUCAAAGCUUUCUCCCAAGCGUACAUGACAACUUGCAAGAAAGGAAAAGGGUUUUUCGGUCUACGAGAUUACUACAGUCUGGUGAAGAUGAUGUUCGCCAUCACCAAGGUCUCUAAGCAGAGCCCCAGUACAGUUCAAAUCAUUGAAGCAGUCCUAAGGAACUUCAGUGGAAGAGAUGAUGUGGACGCAGUGCGUAUAUUCACCAAAGAGCUGCCGGGCCAAUCCAUUCAACCUGAUUUGGAUGGCAUCAGCACUAUUGAUCUGGUGAAACAAAACAUUGUUUCCAUUUGCCAAGAUGAGGAGUGUCGAUAUCUCCUUGUCCUCACCAAAAACUAUGCAGCCCUCCAGAUUCUCCAGCAGACAUUCUUCUCAGACCACAACCAUCCAGAGAUCAUCUUUGGUUCCAGCUUCCCAAAGGAUCAAGAGUACACUCAGAUCUGCAGAAAUAUCAACCGAGUGAAGAUCUGCAUGGAAACUGGCCAGACUGUUGUGCUUCUGAACCUUCAGAAUCUGUACGAAAGUCUCUACGACGCUCUCAACCAAUACUAUGUUUCACUUGGGGGUCAGAAGUAUGUCGAUCUUGGAUUGGGAACCCAUCGUGUGAAGUGCAGAGUUCACAAAGACUUCCGUCUAAUUGUCAUUGAAGAGAAAGAGGUGGUCUACAAGCAGUUCCCAAUUCCCCUGAUAAACCGGCUGGAAAAGCACUACCUGGACAUCAACACUGUCCUCAAGAAUGACCAGAAGGAGAUUGUCAAACAACUACAGGAAUGGGUCAAACAGUUUCUCUCCUUGAAAAGUCAGCAGUCCAAGACAAACCGCUACCUGCCACAUGAUGUCUUCAUUGGCUACCACUCAGACACAUGCUCCUCUGUGGUCCUGCAAGUGACAGAGAAGAUGAAAACCGAGUCUGACGAAGCUGACUCUCAGAGCAGAGUCCUGGAUGAAGCCAAGCUCAUCAUGCUGAACUGUGCAACUCCAGAUUCUGUCAUUCGGCUUGACGGGACUAAAUUAUCUGAUGUUGAGACCGAGAACCUGACGCAAAUCUAUUUUGAGGAGCAGAAUCAUCAUUCCCUGGCAGACUUCAUUGCCUCUCACACACAAAAGGAUGAAUGGAGGAAUUACCACUUUACCGAGGUAAUUCACGUGAAUCUUAUCUUUUUAAGAAUAUACCUUGAAUAGAAUGCAUCUUAUAUAGCUCAUAAAUCUUUUUUGCUCUUUUUAAAGGUCACAACAUUUUCCCGGCUAUUGACAGCAGCAGAUAUCCAUCAGCUACAGAACAUCACAGAGCGUUGCAACGUCAAGCUACUCUCACUGCAACAGUUUGACACAGAGCACUCCUUCCUCAAAGAAAUCAGGUCUGCUUAAAAAAUGUGAACAAAAGCUCAGUUGUGUAUAGGGGUUGCACAAUUCCAAUUACUUUCCCAAAAUGUCCAGGUUUUCCAGAAAUCCCCCGGUUGGAAGAUUCCUAGAUUUCCUGCUUAUUCCCCUCUGAUUCUAGGAAUUUUCCAACCAGGAUUUUGCAACCCUAAUUGUAUCAUUUGUGGGUGUGGGUGUAACCUUGUAGAGCAUUCAUAAGAAUGAUAUAGGAUUAGGAAAAUAACUGUGUUCUCUCUAGGCAAUUUAUUGACUCCACAUCUGCCGACAAAGUCCUCAUCAUCCAAACAGACUAUGAUGAGGGUUCCCAGAGCAUGAACAUUCUGGCAUCUGCCAAGUGAGUGAUUCUCAUUUAAGAUUUGUCAUCACAACUAUUGUAUUAGGUUAUAAACUGAAUUAUUAGGUUAUACUGUUGUAUUGUUUUACUUUAAUUUUUAAUUUUUUAUAUGUUUGAUCUUUGUAUCUCCUCAGAUAUUCAUCCAUAAAUGAAGUAAACAAACCAAAAGCAGAUGGUGACAACGGAAGGGUGUUUGUGUACUUUGUUACCAAACUGCCCCGAAUUGAAGGUGGAACCUCCUAUGCUGGAUUUCAUGGAGGUGAGUUAUGUUAAAUGCUAUACAACAGGCUGAUUUAAUAAUUUUUUUGCACGGUAACAAUUGAAUAACAUGAAAGAAAAGAGAAAGCAGCACACUGCUCUCGCUAGUAUCACUGUUCUUUAUUAAGCUUUACGUAUCGGUCUCAAGGCAGUGCAGUGUGGCGGUUUCUCUUUUCUUUAAUAUUUACCGGUAUGCAAUUUCCAUCCUAUUUUUCUUUGCACAGGACCCUGGAAAUCAGUUCACAUUGACGAUCUUAGAAAAUCCAAAGAGUUUGUAUCAGAUGUCCAGUCCUUGAGAAACCUACCCAUCAGCCAGCUUUUUGAGAGCAUUGAGGAGCCGCCCGAGGGUACAUUUUACUUGUCUUAUAAAUGAUAAAUAUCCAAAAUGACUUACAGACCAUUUUUAUGGGUAGCCUCAGCGGGAAGAGAAACCACGACCCUUUCGUUGCAAGUGACAUGCUCUGCCCACAACAUAGUCACUGUUAUUAUGCUCAGUAGCGCAGAUGCCAUAGUUGGGAAUCAACUGUAAAUAAUCCUUGAUAAUUAGUUUUUUCAUAGUUUUCUUUCUUAUUCCAGCAAUGCAAACAGAUGACACAGACUUCGAGGCACAUGCGGCAGAGCACUCUGUAAGUAUUAUAUACUCGUAUACUACAUAUUGUAAACAGGUUUUUGUAUUGCAGUUCUUGAUUAUGACAUGCAGGCGCUUCUGGCAUCUGUAAACCUAACAAGGUAUGGGUGUGUUAUUCAUGUGAGGAUGUUGUUGUUUUAGGCUGAGUUUGAUGUCACAAAUCUGGUGCGAAGCUGUGUGCAGAGUGCAGUGAGCAUGCUCAGAGAUCAGGAGGACAGUGGAGCUCUCAGCACCAGGAGGGUGGAGCUCCUGCUAACACUUCUGGACGAUAGCGAGGACCUGAAAGGUUACUAACCCACAAUAUUUCCAGUGUGUUACUUAAGCAAUAAGGCCCGAUGGGGGGUGUGGUAUAUGGCCAAUAUACCACGGCUAAGGGCUGUUCUUAAGCACGACGCAAUAUCCUUAGCGUGAUAUAUUGGCCAUAUAUCACAAACCCCCGAGGUGCCUUAUUGCUAUUAUAAACUGGUAACCAAUGUAAUUAGAGUAGUUAAAAUAAAUGUUUUGUCAUACCCGUGGUAUACGGUCUGAUAUACCACAGCUUUCAGCCAAUCAGCAUUCAGGGCUUAAACCACCCAGUUUAUAAUGUAGUUUCAGAGGUUAAAGACAAGACCUAGAACCCUCUCACUACAGUUCACUAUAAAAUACUACAGUACUUGCUGUAGAAUUCUGUAAUAAACUGGAACAGUAUUACGACACACUGUAGUAUCCCUCCAUCCUGUAGUUCUUACUAUAGAAUGUUGUAGUAUGUGUAAGGGAUAAACGCCAACGUUCUGUACAUUACCUUGGAGAUAAUGGACGACGCAGCGGGACAAGGCGGAGACGAGUCCCUUUGCAAAGUCUGUAUUUUUUUUCAAGUUAAUAGGUAUUGAAAGGAGGUUGUUUAUCCCGCUAAUACCACGGUUGCCAAAGAACAGAAUACUAAAGCAGACAUUUAAGAAACAAAAAAAUAUAUAUUGAUAUUUGCAUGUUUAUAAAAGCGAAUUCAUACUUUCGGUUGCUAGAGAUGCGACCCAGUCGUUUAUUCGAUAUUUAUGGGCGUGGCCAGUUGUUCGUUCUAUAUGUGUUCCAUUGCCAUGCUCACUGGCAAAGUUCUUAUCCUUUUUUGCUAGCUAGCCAAAUGGCUACGGCUAACACAUUUACAACCUCUACUGCCAGAAUUUACAUUUACAUUUUAGUCAUUUAGCAGACGCUCUUAUCCAGAGCGACUUACAGGAGCAAUUAGGGUUAAGUGCCUUGCUCAAGGGCACAUCGACAGAUUUUUCACCUAGUCGGCUCGGGGAUUAGAACCAGCAACCUUUCGGUUACUGGCACAACGCUCUUAACUACUAAGCUACCUGCCGCCCCACAUAGAAUAACAGCAAAGUAGCUGCAUUUGCAUUUAUUUAAGCUGUUUUCUAUUGACAUUCAUUUGGAUACAUCCAUAACAAUCUGAUGAUGCCCGAUUUUUGCCUGGCAUAGCUAGAAAAGUUUGCCUUCUCGUCAGGACACACAACACUGUUCUUUACAAGGAGAUCGCAUUGCAUAUCAAACACUAGGCUAGAAGCUAGCUAAAUCGUUUGUUGCUAGUGAACCUGUAAAUAUCAGUUGCUUAAAACAGCUGGUCAAACUAGAAACAUGUGGGGAGGAUUUGACAGCAUAGCGCCACUUGCGUCAUGACUGCAACAGUAGGGACAAGAUAAAAUUAAUGUUCAUCACUCACCACGUUAGGUCAUCAGAUGCUCCAAAAAAAGUAGAUAACUAGCAGAGUUUUUCCUGGUUGGACCUGUGUUUACAAUGUAUCCAAUUUUGGUUUGUGUGGCUGUUGGUUUAGCUUUCUGUAACUUUGUAGCAAGUACGGUCUGCAUGUGUAGGCGGAUAUUGCGUCAUGAUCGCAAGGUGUCCCAAUAUGUUUUCCAACUGUCCAUUAUCUGGUUUUAAUGCCCAUUCUUGAAUGCCCUUCUAGCCAAUCAAAAACAAGUAUUCAACAACGCUGUGGUGUAAUGUAGAACACUAUACUACACACUGUAGGAGCCCUUGAUAAUGUGUAGUACUCACUAUAGAAUGUUGUAGUAGUAUACUGUAGAAUACUAUAGUAAAUACUACAUGAUUUUCCACACCAAAAAACACAGAAGUAAAUAGUACAGUAAUGUCCGCAAAAACACUAUACUAAUACUACCGUUUUCUUUUAAUAAUAUAAUAAUAAUAAUAAUAUGCCAUUUAGCAGACGCUUUUAUCCAAAGCGACUUACAGUCAUGCGUGCAUAAAUUUUUUACGACAGUAAUUUAUACUAUAGUUAGCUGUAAAUACUGCAGUAUACUACAGUUAAUACUACAGUAAAAUCUGCAAAAACACUAUAGCAAAUACUAUAGUAUUUAUACCAUAAUAUACUAUAGUACUUUUUCAUGUGGGCUUACCCGACCAUUUCAUUAGAAAGGGGCUCUAGAUCGAAAAAUAGAACGUCUGAGACGAACACUUAUCUCAGAUUGUAACAGCAAGCAAAUACUGUAGCUAAAGGUAACUGUCUUUUACAUGAAUUUAAAUGCUUGAUCUCUGUAUUGUGCCCUUAAGCUGCAUUCCUGACAACCCUGAGAAGCCGUCUUCACUCUCUACUGGAGAACCGUGAGCGAAACAUCCCCUCCCCCAAGAACUGGGUGUUAACGGAGGCGUCCAACAUCGAUGCUCUUCAGGAGGGGGGAACCUUCACGUACGUUAAUCAACGAUGCUGCACUACUCUGCAUACGGAAAAAAAAUCUAUAAUUUCAUUCAUUUUCAAAAUGGUUAUUUGGUUUUGUCAUCGUUUUCGGAAGUAGAGUCAGUCCAUACUGUGUUUUGUUCCACAGACAAACUCUGUGGAAGAGAAUCAAAGCAGUGGUCACACCCCUCUUGGCCCAGUUGGUCUCGGUCAUCGACAGGGACUGUAAUCUGGACCUCCUGCUGGACCGCAACAGCGGGAAGGAAGUCCGGAACCUGUGGCUGAAGAUAUUUGGCAGUAACGAGAUGCUUGAUAUUCCUAAUGUGGAUCCCAAGUGAGUGAUUUAUGUGUGAUGAUACACAUACUGGAAUAAGAAACGACUGGACUGCAUGGAGUAAGGGUUUUGUGUUAUGUCUCAAUGGAACAGGUAGAUCAAAUCAAAUUUUAUUGGUCACAUGCGCCGAAUACAACAGGUGCAGACAUCACAGUGAAAUGCUUGCUUACAGCCCUUAACCAACAGUGCAUUUAUUUUUAACAAAAAAUAAAAUUAAAAUAAAACAACAACAAAAAAAGUGUUGAGAAAAAAAAAGAGCAGAAGUAAAAUAAAAUAACAGUAGGGAGGCUAUAUAUACAGGGGGGUACCGGUGCAGAGUCAAUGUGCGGGGGGCACCGGCUAGUUGAGGUAGUUUGAAGUAAUAUGUACAUGUGUGUAGAGUUAAAGUGACUAUGCAUAAAUAAUGAACAGAGUAGCAGCAGCGUAAAAAAGGAUGGGGGGUGCUGCAGAUGCUCACUGCUAACAAACUCCCCAUUUCCCACAGUUCUGACUCUAAGACCAUCCUGGUGCAGAGCCAUGUCACAGCUAACAAACUCCCCAUUUCCCACAGUUCUGACUCGAAGACCAUCCUGGUGCAGAGCCAUGUCACAGCUAAGAGGACCAUGUGCUGCACCAUGCCCUUCAGUUGGAGGAUCAGAGAUAUCCUGGAUGAACUAGUGAUGCAAUACGGAAGUAAAUAAUUGAAUGCCUUUAAUUUAUAUAUAUAUUUUUUUAAAUGAACGAUACAGUUAGAUUAUAAUUGUAUAGUUCAUGGAAAUGUGAGAAAUGAUUCGCAAAGGUGUAUUUCUUAAUUCUCAUGUGGACGGACUACUUACAGUAUUUUAGUUGCAUAAUUCUCAUUGUAUAACCUCAUAAUCAUUUAUAAUUUUUUUAUUGGAAGGACGGGUCGAGGCGUUCUUUCAGAAAAUCCCCCUUGGUCAGUAUCUGGCUACAGUGGAUGAGAAACUGCAGAGGGAAUUUUUCCAAAGAUACCUGCAGGACUUCAUUGCCAUGACGAUGAAAGUGGCUUCAGAUGGGGAGUUAAAGGUAUGCCUUUGCAACAUCAUCAUGUUUUCAAUACACACAAAUAGUAAAACAAUAGUCCUCCAUUUCUAUUUACAGUCAUAAUAUUAGGUGAUCCUAAUGAAUAUAUGUAACACUAUUUUCCCAGCAUCUGUGUGAAGCCCUGAACUGCUGUGUGAAUGAGCUCCAGAGACGACGAAAAGCUCCAAGUGAAGAGAUUCCCUCCCUGCCCCUGAUCCACUCUGCCUACAACAUGUACCGUACCCGUCUGCACAACCUCACCAGGAUGAUGUCCCUGCAACCACAGGUGGUUCCUCACUUGCAGAAAAUCACACUAGUGAAGGACAGUCCAGAGAUGGUAAGUGCAUAUAUUUGCCGCAUUUAGUUAUGAGAAAUCAAGUUGUUUUUGUUUUGUGCCAAAUGUUUGUGUAUAGAGUAUAUAUGAGUGUAUGAUAGUAGUUGAACAUACAGUAUAUAUGAAUGUAUGAUGGUAGUUGAACUUUUACCAGGUAAUGUACAGUACAUACUGUAUUGAAAUGAGGCUGCCAACAUGCUGAUAGAAAUGUCAUAGUAACCAUGGCCAGUAACUACAGUGAGGGAAAAAAGUAUUUGAUCCCCUGCUGAUUUUGUACGUUUGCCCACUGACAAAGAAAUGAUCAGUCUAUAAUUUUAAUGGUAGGUUUAUUUGAACAGUGAGAGACAGAAUAACAACAAAAAAAUCCAGAAAAACGCAUGUCAAAAAUGUUAUAAAUUGAUUUGCAUUUUAAUGAGGGAAAUAAGUAUUUGACCCCUCUGCAAAACAUGACUUAGUACUUGGUGGCAAAACCCUUGUUGGCAAUCAUAGAGGUCAGACGUUUCUUGUAGUUGGCCACCAGGUUUGCACACAUCUCAGGAGGGAUUUUGUCCCACUCCUCUUUGCAGAUAUUCUCCAAGUCAUUAAGGUUUCAAACUUUCAGCUCCCUCCACAGAUUUUCUAUGGGAUUAAGGUCUGGAGACUGGCUAAGCCACUCCAGGACCUUAAUGUGCUUCUUCAUGAGCCACUCUUUUGUUGCCUUGGCCGUGUGUUUUGGGUCAUUGUCAUGCUAGAAUACCCAUCCACGACCCAUUUUCAAUGCCCUGGCUGAGGGAAGGAGGUUCUCACCCAAGAUUUGACGGUACAUGGCCCUGUCCAUCGUCCCUUUGAUGCGGUGAAGUUGUCCUGUCCCCUUAGCAGAAAAACACCUCCAAAGCAUAAUGUUUCCACCUCCAUGUUUGACGGUGGGGAUGGUGUUCUUGGGGUCAUAGGCAGCAUUCCUCCUCCUGCAAACACGGCGAGUUGAGUUGAUGCCAAAGAGCUCCAUUUUGGUCUCAUCUGACCACAACACUUUCACCCAGUUCUCCUCUGAAUCAUUCAGAUGUUCAUUGGCAAACUUUAGACGGGCAUGUAUAUGUGCUUUCUUGAGCAGGUGGACCUUGCGGGCGCUGCAGGAUUUCAGUCCUUCACGGCGUAGUGUGUUACCAAUUGUUUUCUUGGUGACUAUGGUCCCAGCUGCCUUGAGAUCAUUGACAAGAUCCUCCCGUGUAGUUCUGGGCUGAUUCCUCGGGAGAUUGACAGUUCUUUUGUGUUUCUUCCAUUUGCGAAUAAUCGCACCAACUGUUGUCACCUUCUCACCAAGCUGCUUGGCGAUGGUCUUGUAGGCCCAUUCCAGCCUUGUGUAGGUCUACAAUCUUUUGGAAUCUGAUUGAUUGAUUGCUUCUGUGGACAGGUGUCUUUUAUACAGGUAACAAGCUGAGAUUAGGAGCACUCCCUUUAAGAGUGUGCUCCUAAUCUCAGCUCGUUACCUGUAUAAAAGACACCUGGGAGCCAGAAAUCUUUCUGAUUGAGAGGGGGUCAAAUACUUAUUUCCCUCAUUAAAAUGCUAAUCAAUUUAUAACAUUUUUGACAUGCGUUUUUUCUGGAUUUUUUUUGUUUCUCACUGUUCAAAUAAACCUACCAUUAAAAUUAUUGACUGAUCAUUUUCUUUGUCAGUGGGCAAACGUACAAAAUCAUCAGGGGAUCAAAUACUUUUUUCCCCCUCACUGUAUACCAUGUUUCUGCCACACAGGUUCUGGAUGUUUAUGCAGCAGUUGCCUGUGUUGAGCUCCUGGAGCCGCUUGCAUUGGACUCUGAUACCCAGUGCCAGGACUGGCUGAAGCAGGUGAAAGGACUUCAGGCGUCUAUGGAGCUGAUCUGCUCCCAGGGAAGCCUGAAGCAGUAUGGAGAGAGGAGCUGGGAACGGUUUGACUACAUCCGGUGAGGGAAAUGUCCCUUUGAAAAGACUACAGAGGGCCAUUUUGACUUUCUUUAUUUCUCUUUAUUUGACUUUUUUAAAGAAAGUCAAUAUGCAUUGCGAAAGAGGUGAAGAAAGUUCAGAAUUCCACACAUGUUGGAAUAAAGUAGUAAAGCUUGAGUUUUUACCACCAUUAUUAUUAUAAGGGCGGAAGUAUGGAUACUUUGCACUUUCUUGGCAUUCUCUCAACCAGCUUCAUGAGGAAUGCUUUUCCAACAGUCUUGAAGGAGUUCCCACAUAUGCUGAGCACUUGUUGGCUGCUUUUCCUUGACUCUGCGGUCCAACUGAUCCCAAACCAUCUCAAUUGGGUUGAGGUCAGGUGAUUGUGGAGGCCAGGUCAUCUGUUGCAGCACUCCAUCACUCUCCUUCUUGGUCAAAUUGCCCUUACACAGCCUGGAGGUGUGUUUUGGGUCAUUGUCCUGUUGAAAAACAAAUUCUAGUCCCACUAAGUGCAAACCAGAUGGGAUGGCGUAUCGCUGCAGAAUGCUGUGGUAGCCAUGCUGGUUAAGUGUGCCUUGAAUUCUAAAUAAAUCACAGACAGUGUCACCAGCAAAGCACCCCCACACCAUGACACCUCCUCCUCCUCCAUGCUUCACAGUGGGAACUACACAUGCGGAGAUCAUCCAUUCACCUACUCUGCGUCUCACAAAGACACGGCGGUUGGUACCAAGAAUCUCAAAUUUGGACUCAUCAGACCAAAGGACAGAUUUCCACCGGUCUAAUGUCAAUUGCUUGUGUUUCGUGGCUCAAGCAAGUCUUUUCUUCUUAUUGGUGUCCUUUAGUAGUGGUUUCUUUGCAGCAAUUCAACCAUGAAGGCCUGAUUCACGCGGUCUCCUCUGAACAGUUGAUGUUGAGAUGUGUCUGUUACUUGAACUCUGUGAAGCAUUUAUUUGGGCUGCAAUCUGAGGUGCAAUUAACUCUAAUUAAUUUAUCCUCUGCAGCAGAGGUAACUCUGGGUCUUCCUUUCCUGUGGCGGUCCUCAUGAUAGCCAGUUUCAUCAUAGCGCUUGAUGGUUGUGCGACUGCACUUUAAGAAACGUUCAAAGUUCUUGAAAUGUUCCGCAUUGACUGACCUUCAUGUCUUAAAGUAAUGAUGGACUGUCGUUUCUCUUUGCUUAUUUGAGCUGUUCUUACCAUAAUAUGGACUUGGUCUUUUACCAAAUAGGGCUAUCUUCUGUAUACCCAAUAUUAAAAAAAUUGUAAAAAAUUAAGAAAAACCCUGGAAUGAGUAGGUGUGUCCAAACUUUUGACUGCUUUUAUAUAUAUAUAUAUAUAUACAAGCUAGUAAUUGUUUAAGUCUGUAUUUGAUCAUAUUUUAUUACAGUAGCUUAAUUCCUCCAGAAUGAGUAAAGAUUUCUCCUUGUUUGUUUUGUGUUUUUAGUAAUGGUUGGAACCGCAUCUGCAUCAUCUCUCUGUUUGUGGAACACAUGCUGCUAGGCUUUGAGUUUGAGGAGAGGGAGCUCAAGUCUCUGGUCCUUGAUCACACUCGUACCUUAGGCAAAGUGAGUUUAAUAGUAUAUUUUUGUUGUUUAAGUCAACAUGCUACCAAUGACGUUUUAUAUUUCUGUGUUUGUGUUUCUUUAUACAUUAUUUAUUUCCAUCCCAUAUUUCAGGUUUAGCGUCAGACUUAAACUAUGUAUAUAAUUAUGUAAACCUGAGCUCUUGAACUAUGUUAACGUAUUGCAUUGAACUUUGUGCUUAAAGGAUAAAUUCUGUAUUUUACAAGUGAAUGUUUAAAGGGUUCCUUACCCUGAAACUUCAGUUAACUUUUGACACCACUAGCUAAAAAUCAAUGGGAGUAAUGGGCGACAACUUUGUAAUUUUUUUUUACAUUUCGUGGCCAGAACAACUGAAAUCAACUGAAUUGGUUGGACGUUAAUUAAAGGUGGUUUGGAACAGAACGUUGCACGGUUGCCCUCAGCACUCCCAUGGAUUGCUAAAGCUAGCUAUGGCUAAAGUUAGCACCUUUUUGUAGCUGUGUUUGUAGCUGUAUCCUAACCAUGAAUUACAGUUUCUCCUGGCUCAUAGACUACUUUCAGGGUAAAGAACCGUCCAACAUUAUGUUGUAAAGUACCGAACUCAUCGUUUCAUUUUAACUAAUCUAUGUGACUGCAAAUUUUCUCUCGUGUGGAAGAUUCUGGCAAAAAACUCAGACGUAAAAUCGGAGGAACCCUUUGCGGCCAUCAUCACAGUACUGAAGACUUGCAAGCAAAGAGCAAGUGAUCUGAUUUGGAAGUAGGUCUAUUUGUUAUAAUUUAUUUAGUGUAAAACGCUAUUCAUAUUAUAUGUCUACAUUAUUUGCUGUGGCUGAUAUACAGAAUUUGAUGUUAAUAACGGCAGUGAAUUUUUUUUCUUAGGUUUGGUUUCCAGUGCCGUGUGUGCAUGGGGGAACCCCAUGACCCUGUAGACCUGCCCUGUCACCACAUGUUCUGUCUGACCUGUGUCAGAGGAUGUCUCAACACAGGCCAAAUGUACUGCCCCGUAUGCAAACACGAACUCCCAGAUGACUUCCAGGUCAAAGUGUCUGAGGACGUAAGGUGGGUGUGUUUUACCCUUUUUAAUCUGGACACUGAGACCAUGACAAAGGAAAUGUCUUUCCCAGUGACUGUCUUAAUCUGUCUACUAUGGUUCUGCAGAGCUCGCAUCACCCUAAACGCCCGGUUCAGGCAGAGUUGCAAUGCGUUUUUCAUAGACCUGGUCACUACUGUGUGCUUCAAGGACAACAUCCCCCCAUCAAAGGGUGUCGUCCUACACCUGUUGUCCUUCCUCAUGGUUGAGACAGAACCGAUCCCACUCAUCAGAGGUACCCCCACAAACACACUCAAACACACUAGCCCAAAAUAUAGAGUUUACAUUCUGUUUGUUCCUCUAUUUAUUUAACAGACAGGAGGGAAGAUUGUGGCUCAGUAAGUGUUUGUAUUAGUGUUUCUAAUUGUAUUGUAUUUGUAUCAGCACAAAGUCAGAUACACACCAAAGAUUUCUCACCAUUUGAUGAGUCUCUGGACAAGAAUCCUGUGGUGCGAUCAGUGAUACUCAAACUCCUGCUCAAGUACACGUGAGUGAACCAGGCAAAAGCGUCGUUUAUACACUAUAUAUACAAAAGUAUGUGGACAACAAAUUAGUGGAUUUGGCUAUUUCAGCCACACCCGUUACUGACAGGUGUAUAAAAUCGAGCACACCGCCACGCAAUCUCCAUAGACAAACAUUGGCAGUAGAAUGGCCCAUACUGAAGAGCUCAGUGACUUUUUAAUGUGGUACCGUCAUAGGAUGCCACUUUUCCAACAAGUCAGUUCGUAAAAUUUCUGCCCUGCUAGAGCUGUCCCUGGGUCAACUGUAAGUGCAGUUAUUGUGAAGUGGAAACGUCUAGGAGCAACAAUAGAUCAGCCGCAAAGUGGUAGGCCACACAAGCUCACAGAACGGGACCUCCGAGUGCUGAAGCGCGUAGCGCGUAAAAAACGUCUGUCCUCGGUUGCAACACUCACUACAGAGUGGAAGCAACGUCCUCAAAAUAACUGUUCGUCAGGAGCUUCAUGAAAUGGGUUUCCAUGGCCGAGCAGCCGCACACAAGCCUAAGAUCACCAUGCGCAAUGCCAAGCAUCGGCUGGAGUGGUGUAAAGCUCGCCGCCAUUGGACUCUGGAGCAGUGGAAACGCGUUCUCUGGAGUGAUGAAUCACGCUUCACCAUCUGGCAGUCCGACGGACGAAUCUGGGUUUGGCGGAUACCAGGAGAACGCUACCUGCCCGAAUGCAUAGUGCCAACUGCAAAGUUUGGUGGAGGAGGAAUAAUGGUCAUGGGCUGUUUUUCAUGGUUUGGGCUAGGCCCCUUAGUUCCAGUGAAGGGAAAUCUUAACGCUACAGCAUACAAUGACGUAGACGAUUGUGUGCUUCCAACUUUGUGGCAACAGUUUGGGGAAGGUCCUUUCCUGUUUCAGCAUGACAAUGCCCCCGUGCACAAAGCGAGGUCCAUACAGAAAUGGUUUGUCAAGAUCGGUGUGGAAGAACUUGACUGGCCUGCACAGAGCCCUGACCUCAACCCCAUCGAACACCUUUGGGAUGAAUUGUAAGGCCGACUGCGAGCCAGGCCUAAUCGCCCAACAUCAGUGCCCGAUCUCACUAAUAUUCUUGUGGCUGAAUGGAAGUAAGUCCCCCGCAGCAAUGUUCCAACAUCUAGUGGAAAGCCUUUCCAGAAGAGUGGAGGCUGUUAUAGCAGCAAAGGGGGGACCAACUCCAUAUUAAUGCCCAUGAUUUUGGAAUGAGGUGUUGGAAGAGCAGAUGUCCACAUACUUUUGGUCAUGUAGUGUAUCCUUUGCAAUGUUGCUGUAACCAGCAACGCAAUUCAGUUUGGUUUCAGACGUUGUCAAACAUUUCAGAUGUUGUCAAACAUUUGCCUGAAAAUGUACUAUUUUUGUUUUGUUUUUAGCUUUGAUGAAGUCAAAGAAUAUCUGCAGCAGUAUUUGACAUCGAUAGAGGAGAGCAACAUUCUAGAGGCUGAGGAUAAAAAUGAACUUUAUGCCCUCUACAUCAACUGCCUUGAGGUAGGAUCUGACAGGAUUUGACCCUCAGUCAAUGGAGUGCUAUCACUAUCCUAUUUGUAAAAGGGGUCUUCUAACCUCAACGGGACUUUCUGGAUAAAUAAAGGUUAAAUAAAUAGAAUAACUGUUUUUCUGUGCAGGACUCCAUGUUAGACAGAAUGCCACAUGAAUGCCACAAGCCUGCAGAUCAGCAGACCUACCUGCCGAAAGAGACUGAGUUCUUGCGUCACUUCCUGGACUCUGUCAUCGAGUCGGCUGAGACGGUCACAAUCGAGCACCUGCAACAGAUCGCGAGGGUCCGUCUAUGCCUGGACAUGGCCUCACACCUACUCCAUAGCACACAGUCUGGUAAAAACACUCAAAUCAAUAGAGCGUCACAAAUUCUGCUCCAUGUUGCUUUACAAUUGUGUUUUGUUGGUGUAAAAUGAAUUCUAAUUGUUUUAAUAAGGAAUGUUUUUAUAAGGAAUACUUGCAAUCACUUUGACUGACUUGAUCCAAGAUCUGUCCUCGGUUCCUCGUGUCGUGUGCAGGGGAAUGUGAAAACCCUCCGGAUGUGGUCGAGGAGUUCCUGUGUGCUGUUAUGAUCCUGUGUGAGGAGAGUAAGAACGACUGGUACCGGGUUUACCUGAUCCGCAACAUCAGCAGCCAGCAGGGUGUAGAGUGUGUCCAGAGGAUGCUGAAGGAUACAGAGAAGUACAGGUGGCUUUUCCCUGAAGAGAUACAGCAGCAGGUACAUCACAGGGUUUCGUGAAAUGUUUCGUACAACCCCAUUUUGAACUAUUGAAAAAAUGUCGGUCCUGUUUGCUGUCCUCCUAUUGCUUACAGGCGUGUUUCUAAAGAGGACCUGAGUGGUUAGAUACAACGACGUGUAUUUCCUAGCCAUAUACUGUCAAGGACGAUGUUCUAGAUAUCAAGAGUAAUGGGUCUUCCAUCGUCUCGUAUGCAGAAUGAAGACGUUGGCCAGAUGGACCAGUAUCUGGUCUAUGGAGAGGACUACCAGGCUGUCCGCGAGGCUGUUGCCAAAGCAAUACUAGAGGGCAGUGUUCAGGAGAUUGAGGAGACGUGUCAGGUAUUAGUGUAACUCCACUACCACUGUGUGUGUGUGUGUGUUUUGUUUUAUUAAAAAAGGAUUUCUAACUCUCUCAGUUUAUGGAUGUUUGGUGAAUUUGUCCUCAGCUUUGUGUGUUGUUUUGUUGUAGAGAUGCACUGCACCUCCAAGGAGGCGGACCUUGUAUGUCCUGCUGGCACUUUUCAGAGAAGUUACCAGUCUGUACCGAGCAGCCAACACAGGCCUCCACCCCACCCCUAAGGUAGGAACACAGGCCUCCACCCCACCCCACCCCUAAGGCCUCCACCCCACCCCUAAGGCCUCCACCCCUCCACCCCACCCUUAAGGAACACACAUUAGACCACCUCCUCCAACUCCACAUCAGAGGAAAAACUGUUAGCCCACAACUAACGAUAGACUUGGCAAACUAUUCAGAUUUUGAUGUUGUCAUAAUUAUACUUUGAAUUAAAUUGACUUUUGUAGAUUUCCCGAAAAUCCCAAUUACACUUAUCCAAAAUGGCUGACUUUGUUUUACUCCCUCAGCAAUGCCAAGAACUCGAGGACUUCAUCCAGGGCUCAAGGUACCUAAAUCGCAGGGAAGUGAGGGUAUUUGCCACAAAAUUGGUUCACAACAGGAUGGCAGGACUGAGUGUCCUGGCUGACCGGUCCAGCGUGGAGCACACCCUUAUAGACCUGGCUGUCCACUUGGCUGCUGUACUGCUCACUGGGACAGAAGGGGUGCUUAAACCGCUACAGCAGCUUGGCCUGUCUCCCGACAAUAUGCUGGUAUGAUUCUCAUCAGCACCUGUCAAUGUCUUACAUUGACUUGUUUCUCUUCGUUGAAUGUGAGAGUUGUCUUUAUCUGCUUAUGUCUACCCCCCCAACAGAGUGCCUUUCUACCCACAAUGCCUGAGGACAUGCUUGCUGUCGCUCAAAGGCUUAUAGCACAGAAUGAAGUGGAUUAUGGACUCUCCUGGUACUGUAAGUACAGAAAUGUUGAAUCCUAACUUGAGAUACGCUUGUACUGUAACUUAAACUUUGAGUAAAUCGUUGGAGUUAUACCUCUGUGAAAUUGUAUUUGUUAACAUCGUGCUAUAGGAAGCAUAUAGACAGGAACUAUGUUAUGGAUAUCUACUGUUGGAAAUGGAUUGUCAUUUUCAGAUGUAAUAAAAAAAAUUCUGGUAAAAAAAAAAACAGUGACAUUUCUGCAUAAGCUCAGUUUUGACUCAAAUCUCAACAGCUUGUCCGAAUGGUCACCCCUGUGUUGUGGAUAAGGUGAGCAAAGUUCUUCAUGUAAAUAUUGCGUCACGAAUAUUAGCUAAGCAAACAGCCAACCGAUUUACCCACUCUAUUGCAGUGUGGUCAGCCCACCCAUAGGGCACAAUGUCUGGAGUGUAAGGCGGAGAUUGGAGGGGAGGACCAUGUUGCCCUUGACUGGUUUCCAGAAGAUGGAUCUACAGCAGUAAGUUAGCUCUCUAAGGGCCCACCGUUGAUAUUACUGCCCAAGCAUCGGAUUAGGAUCGCUGAUCUUAGAUCAGUUUGGACUUUAAAAUUAUAAUACAUAAGAGUAGGGACCUGAUCCUAGAUCCAGCACUCCUACACUCUUAGAAAAAGGGUUCUUCGGCCGUCCCCAUACGAGAACCCUUUGAAGAACCCGUUUUGGUUCCUGGUAGAACCCUUUGGGUUCCAUGUAAAACUCUUUCCACAGAGGGUUCUAUAUGGAUUCCCCCCCCCCCCCCAAAGGGUUCAAUCUGGAACCAAAAAGGGUUCUACCUGGAACCCCAAAAAAAAAGGUUAUUCAAAGGGUUCUUCUUUUUUCUAAGAGUGUUUUCUGAUACGUUUGAUACAUGGCUCCAGAAUUCAUGUCAUGACCAAUAACUGAACGUGUCCUCUUAGGGGAGAUCUCACAAGGACUGGCCACAUCCUGGGAGACCCUCAGAGGAGGGACAACCCAGACACCCUGGACACCAAAAACAUGUCCCUCACCCCCUUCAUCCUGGUCAGACUGCUCACCCACCUGGCCAUGCUGAGAGGGGCCUCAGAGCAGCCACAGGUAGGCCUUGUCUGCCAAAGGCUGCCCACUCUUUCUAGCUUUAUCGGUACAGUGUGUGAAAGAACAGUGCCUUAAUUAAGUAGGGUGUCCACCCACUCUGCCCAGAGUGAAAACGUGCUUUGGUGAUGAAAUUCCACUUCCUUCUAUUAUAAAAUACAUUUGACCAAUAAAUAUGAUAAUGUUCUUAAUUGUUCAGUGGGUUCUUUCUCUGACAUAUCAUCAACAUUAAAGUCGGAUUUCAUAACAUAUAAUACAUCCGAUUUAUAAGCAUCGAGCUCUGUUGACAUAGCGGUGCAGGUUUCUAGUAACAACUUUUGAGGAUUUAAAAAUGGUUGUGGUCGUCGCCUUCAAAGUUGUUUUUGCGUGUCGCUAAAAGCAAAAUGUGCCAUGACACGAGCUGAAUUAAAUGUAAAAGGCUUUGAAAAUAUAACGCUUGGUAUACGCUCAGUGCUCCAUUAAGGCCUCCGGUAGCUCAGUUGGUAGAGCAUGGUGCUUGCAACGCCAGGGUUGUAGGUUCGAUUCCCACGGGGGGUGCCAGUAUGAAAAUGUAUGCACUCACUAACUGUAAGACGCUCUGGAUAAGAGCGUCUGCUAAAUGACUAAAAUGUAAUAAAAAUGUUAACAUUUCAGAGAUACACUUGUUUUUUUGAGAAAUCUUUGAAAAAGAACAGGAAUUUCGAAUUAAUAUGAAAAGUGUUUACUAAAAAAUUUAAAAUACUACAUCAUGUCUCAAAAUCAAUAUUUUUAUCUUACCUCUAAAAUGUUUCAUGUCCUGCGGGUUCAAGAAGAACGAUAAUGAGUUCAACAGGAAAGUGAGCCUGUCAGUGGCCUUCAGAAUCCAGCCUAGCUGACGCAAUGCAAUGUUAAAAAUGUUUGACCACUUUUCUUCUCUCUGGCCCCCAUUUCAUUUAGUCACCCUAAUUCUGGCCAUCCUACAAGGGUGAAAAGCUUCUUAACAGAUUAUGAUAGAGACAUGAGGUUUGGACCUUUUCAACCCCAUAUUCGUUAUCUCCAGCACCAAACCAGUGUCUACAUAUGUGAAAAUAGCAAAUGUCUAUGAUCUGCGGUUCAAAAGAUAAGAAGGUCCUAAAAAAAAAAUGCUUCUCUGUGACAUCACAGGGUAGGAUUUAAAAGUAAAAAAAACCUGGUGAUUUUCAAAACCUUCAACGAGUUUCUAUCCUUGGGUUAUUCCUUUUCAUGGUUUUGAGUGCGAGUACGAUAAUAAUCUCCCCAUUCUUUCUAGUCCAUCCUGCAGAUCAUCCAGCCUCCAGUCCAGGACGCCUGUGAAUUUCUGAUUGGUCACCUGCUGAAAGACAUGGAUCAGCUGACCAAAGUGCUGGGGAAGGGAACUGAUGACACGGUCACCACUGUCCACCUGAUAGUCAGAUCCAUUCUGGAACCACCACCGACCACUCAAUGUAAGGCCAUUCGUUUGAAAGGGAGUUGUUUGAGUUCGGCAGGUAUUCACACUCAAGCCAUAAAAAGGAAACAAAACAAGGAGGUCCAGAUGUAAAAUAUACUUUAUUUAAUUCCAUGCUGGAAAGAAUACGCAGAGUGCCGUUGUAAAGUAAAAUAAUAGCUUUAUUGUUUAUAUUUUUGUAUAUAUUUUUACAUCUCGGCUUUUUCCUUUUUAUGGCGUGAGUGCGAGUACCUGCUGAACUCUACUGUUUACAAUUAUGAAAGCUUAAAAAUGCUUGGAGACUGUAUAGCACACAUUUACCAGCAGCCCCAUCGUUGACUUCUAGGGCCUGCUGGCUAUGAUUCCCAACUCUCAACUAAAGAGGCCAGAAAUGCCUGGGAGACAACUGUUGCUGCUGACAUCAUCACUCUUCAGUUGAAGGUGAAUCCCUUUGGAUAACAUGUUCAGUUGGCUAGUACUGUACAGCUUGAUUAAAGGUACUCCUAUUCCAGCUUUGACAAGGAAUAAAAUGACAAACGGUUUGUUGUUGUUGUGUCAUCACAGCACCUUGACCAGCAGCUGAGGGAGAUGAACGCCACCAUCAGAAACGACUCCCGUGUCUCCUCUAACUUCGUCAUGAGGGUGACAUUUGGGGACAAGUGUCCGUUGUCCUCCCUGCCUCGGGGCUCCCAGGUCCACUGUUCAGGGGUUUGGAGCUGCAGAGAGAGGGUGUCCCUACUCGGCCUCACCCACAUCGUAGAACAGAACGACGGAAAGGACAAGCUGCCGUUACUCUGGAGGUUCCUACAGAAGGUAAACAGUCAUGAAGUGUCUUUUGGGGUUUUCGAAAACGUUCUAUAAGUAUGUAUAAUGUAACUAUGUAUUAUUAUUAUUAUGAAAGCUGUGCUCUUUCUUGCUAUUGUAUGUGGUAAAAUGUCAACAGCAUAUUUUCUAAACCUUGCGUGUUUGAAUUAGUCUGGGACGUUUUUUAAAAUCACAUGAUCGUCUGCUUUUUUAAUUUGGUGAUUUCACAGGAGGCGGAGUUCCGGCUGGUCAAGUUCCUUCCAGAUAUCCUGGCCCUACAGAAAAGUCUGGUGAAAAAGUUCCAGAACUCAUCCGACCUGAUGGAUGACUCCAUCAGAGAGUUCAUCGAAAGACAGUCAGGUAACUGCAUCAUAACAAUCCAUCCUUGGUACUAUGCAACAUAGUUACCAGCCGAGUUAUUGCCGAUUUUGCCAAUUUGAUAUAGAUUUCUUUAAAAAAAUAAGAAUUUAGUGAUUUCAUUUUUGUUCUCAAUCAAUUUUCUCUUCUAACAGCACCAAUGAGAUUGUGGUACGAGAAGCGAGUCCAGAUCUUCCUGAACACAUGGAACCUGCUCAGAGUCUCUGUAGCCACCAGUGAGUUGUCCUCUAUAAAACAUGGCAGGUUGCCCAUACGAACAGAACUAAUAGUCAAGAACAAGAAUCUACUGUUUAGUGUGUGGUUUGACAGCUCCUGUCUGUGAAUCAUGAACGUUGUCAUUGUGUGUGUGUGUGUGUGUGUGUGUGUGUGUAUUUGGAUGGAUGUGCAGAUGAGAUAAAGAUCCCAGAGGACUUCUGGAGGGAGGAUUUGGACCUGGACAGUGACCUCCAGUACCUCCUGCCGCGGCGCCAGGGUCCAGGCUUGUGUUCCACGGCUCUGCUCAGCCACCUGGUGGCCCUGCACAAUGAUCUGCUGCACGCUGUGGACCGCCACACUGGGGAGGACACCAGGUACACUAAUGAAGAAUGAGAGAUGGUUCCACCGAAAACUUACUUAAAGGGACAUUUUUUUAAUGGCCAUGUACUCUUAUACACCCCUCGGAGCCUGGUUCCUCUCUAGGUUUCUUCAUAGGUUCCUGCCUUUCUAGGGAGUUAUUCCUAGUGCUUCUACAUCUGCAUUGCUUGCUGUUUGGGGUUUUAGGCUGGGUUUCUGUAUAGCACUUUGUGACAUCUGCUGAUGUAAAAAGGGCUUUAUAAAUACAUUUGAUUUGAUUUUGAUUUGAUUUUUACUCAAAUAUUGUUAGGAUUUUGUUAAUUUGUUCAAAUGACCAUUUGCAUCACCACAGUUUUUGCUCUGUACUGAAAAGUGCUCUAUUUUGAAAAAUGUACCGCUGACAUGCAAAACAAAUUGGGGAUUGUAUUAACAGUGGACUAAUUAACAAAAUAUGCAAAAGCAAUUAAUAAAGCAAUAACGCACAGUAUAAAAUAAAUGUGUUUUAAAGCCCGUUGACUGAAUAGGUGGUUUGCUUUCUGUACCGUCUGCUCCAACAGCUACAAGGUGAGCCUGUCAGAGCUGACAGAGCUGCAUGUGAUCCGCUAUGAGCUGGAGAAGGACCUGCUGCCCCUGGUGCUGUCCAACUGCCAGUACAGCCUGGAGCGAGGCAAGGAGACCCUGUCUCAGUACGACCUGCCCAAGAUCCAGCAGCAGGUCCUCACCCGCUUCCUGCAGGGCAAGCCUCUCAUCACACUGACUGUGAGUCCAUGGCCUGGUUCCAUUUUCAGUCCCUAGUCACUUUCCAUAGUUCCUACCCCAUUCAGUGUUCGCAGAUCUGAAUGGAACGUUGUACUAUAGUUGAAGGUAAUAUGGCACUCACUGACUGAACCAAUGUGUUGACUUUCAGGGAAUCCCGACUCUGGUCACCAGACACGAGAGAGAUUAUGAUACCAUUUUCAAAAUGGUGAAAGGAUAUGUGUCUCAGGCAAGUCGUUCUUCAUCAUCAAACUAGUUUUUUUGUUUAUACUCUAAUAUGGCAUGUGAUUAUUCACUUUAACUUCACAAAAAAAAGAUUAAAUGUUGUUGUUUCUUCUAGGAGCAUCUUCCGUCCCUGACCCUCACAGCCCUGUCCAGGGAUCUGCAGUCGUACAGCGAGGUGUGUGAGGCCCUGAAGGCCGUGGAGCUGGCUCUGGGCUUCCUGUCCAUGACUGGGGGAAAUUCCCAGAUGCCCCUGGUCCACUACCUGGAGGACAUGCUGAAGAUGGGCGAGCAGACAGACCCUCACAUCUUAAUGGUGAAAGUCAUGAAACACAUGAUUUGGUUGGUCAAUGUCAACUUAAACUGAGACUCAGCAACAUGAGGUCCUCUGUAGCUCAGCUGGUAGAGCACGGCGCUUGUAACGCCAAGGUAGUGGGUUCGAUCCCCGGGACCACCCAAACACAAAAAUGUAUGCACGCAUGACUGUAAGUCGCUUUGGAUAAAAGCGUCUGCUAAAUGGCAUAUUAUAUUAUUAUUAUUAUAUUAUUAUGAUGUUGUCACGAGCAGCACUGCAGACAUUGAGAUGAACGUGACGCAAUACUUGUGCCUCACACAGUCACACAGAGUCUCUGUGCGUGUGCACGGCCGUCCGCUUUUCACGCUGCUACAACGUGAACCAAAACAGCAGAGAAGUUUAGCCUUGCGUCUUCCAACGCUCUUUAGUUGUUUAGAAAUCAACCAGAUGUUGCUGUUUAUCGCUAAUUCUACCUUAAAUGCAAGUGGUGAAUUGUUUUCAGUGUUCCAGUUAAGUGUCAUUGUGGCCCAGUAACGUGUUUUCUAUGCGGGGCCCCGUUUCUGUAGGCUCUGAGCAGGUGCAGUCUGAAGCACUGUGUGGCUCUGUGGCAGCUCCUGUCUUCCCUCAAAUCAGAGAAUAUGCUGAAGAGUGUGAAGAGGGUAAGACACGUUCAGACCAACCAACAGCUUAUCGCACAUCACGAGAUACAGCGCAUGACACGAUCAUCCACAAAAUAACUUGACCGUGUCAUUCUGUGAGCUCUUCUGAGAGACGGUUCAAUGUUUUUUUUAAACCCCAAAACGUAUUACAUUGUAAAUUCAAAGUUAGAAUUCGCACAGCUGAGAGAGCGAAAGCUCUGAGUUUCCCCCCCCCCCCCCUCUCUCUCUCCUCUUCAAGGACCCUUUCUCUGGGGUGUCAGCUGAGUACCAGCAGCCCCUGACGGAGGAACAGAAGAGGCUGCUCCAGGGCUUCAUCUCCAGGGGUCACGUUGACACCUGGCUGCUGGAGAUGCACGAGUUCCUCCUGCUGAACCUGGGGAAACCACAUGUCUCAGACACCUACGGACCAGGCUGGAGGUGAGGUCAAAUGGCAGCCAUGGAGGAACACUGGGUCGAAUCAUAGGUUCCAAACCAUGCAAUGAUAUUCACUUGUUGUAACUCUUUAAAGGGAUAGUUCACUUUUCUAGUGUGGCUUGUAUUCCACUUGGGGUGUGUUGUUUCAUCGAAACCGUAAAAAAAAAAUAUAUAUUAGCUGUUUUUUUUUUUUAGCACUGUCCAGAAUAAUGUGUCUUAACAUUUUUUUGGAAGUAUGUAGCAAUCAUAGAAAUAAGAAUGAAUAGAACGGCCUUGGAAGCUUUAACCCUGGCAAUUGACUGGUAAACUCAUGGGUAUACUCGCAAUGGCUGCCUGGUAUUGUGAUGCGAUAAUUUGGGUAUUUUGGAAUGUUCCAUCAACUGAUGCUGGAUUGCCAUGGUAAUGUAGAAUGUUAAUUCAAAUGAUGCUAACUGAUGUGGCUCAUGCAAUGGAAUGAAUUCUUUGUAAUUUAAGCAAUAAGGCACAGUGUUGUAUCAUGAAUAUAAUCACAGGUAAGUGACGGCCCGACGCGAUAGCUUUUAUAAAACUGUUACCAACAUAUUAAAAAUAACAAUGAAUUACAUAUUUUCAUGAAUUUUAUUUUGAUAAGUCAAGUCAUACAAUUUCAUUCUUCCACCAGAAGAUAUAGUCCGGACAAAAAUCUGGUUGUUAAUUCUUUUAGUCAUGUUGCUACAGACGCGACCCAGUCGUUCAUUAUUUUUUUGCGUAGUUGCUAUACAAAAAAGGACUGGUCGUCCAUUCUAAACAAAAUGGUUGCUAUGCAGGCUGGAUAACGUUCUUGUCACGUUGAAUAUUGAACCUGGAAUGACAGUACACUAGCUGCAUUUUCCUGUGUUUGAGCUGUUGUCCUAUUGGUGUUUACUUGGAUAACAUUGUUUCCGAGGUUGAACAGUUAGACAGCGAGGCUUAUAUGAAUCCUUAAGAGUCAAUCUAAGUAACAUAAUACAAAAAAAACCCAUCAAAAUCCGUCUGUUUAAACUAGAGAUAUCAGUUUUUUUGCAUGGGCUGUGUCUCAAGGUGUUCGAGCUACAGCGGUGUCUGUCAGACCACGAGACAUCCCGAAAAUCGGUUUUCUCACGAAAACGUCUGUAGCGUCCGAAUGGUUAUGACCACUCAAUGGAAAGGGGAGAUUCUCACGAACACGAUGGUGUUCUCCGUUUAGCUCUGUGACCCCCAUAAGUGUCACAGGAUUCCUCUCAAGGUAACCCGUACAAACAAAUGGAAGUAUGGAGGUAGUUUUGUGCCAACAAAAAUAAGGGGUUAAAUAUGUGUUUGAAAAUGUUUUAGAGUUCCUGAGCUGUCUUAUAUCCACUAGAUACAGGACAGACGCUUCAAAACCUUAUUCCUUGUGAUACAUUUUUGGACUGUCUUUUUUUUGCCAUUUAUAUGAAUGUGUUAUUCAAUACAUUUCUAUGGGCUAUAGCAGUGAAGCCCAAAUUCAAUAUUUAAUUUUUAAAAAAUAUACCUAAAGGGGUCCUAAAAUUCUAAAUCAAACCGCUUAAUGAUCCAUGGUAUGACUGUCUUAAAACAAUUCCAUAUGUUUGCUUAGUACCCCCCCCCAACCCAACUGCUUAGACUUCUAGAGGUUAACUCCCGCUGUACCAAACUAAAUGCUAGGCAGGAAGCAAGGGGAGUUGAGAUAAAUACAAGAGAUGAUUGGGACAGCAACAUGAACAUGAUAUUCUUAUGGAAGCGCAGUGAACAUUUUCAGAUGGAACUGUUAGCAGGCAUAGGUGUAUAUACAGUGAGGGAAAAAAGUAUUUGAUCCCCUGCUGAUUUUGUAAGUUUGCCCACUGACAAAGACAUGAUCAAUCUAUAAUUUUAAUGGUAGGUUUAUUUGAACAGUGAGAGACAGAAUAACAACAAAAAAAUCCAGAAAAACGCAUGUCAAAAAUGUUAUAAAUUGAUUUGCAUUUUAAUAAGGGAAAUAAGUAUUUGACCCCCAUCUCAAUCAGAAAGAUUUCUGGCUCCCAGGUGUCUUUUAUACAGGUAACGAGCUGAGAUUAGGAGCACACUCUUGAAGGGAGUGCUCCUAAUCUCAGCUUGUUACCUGUAUAAAAUACACCUGACCACAGAAGCAAUCAAUCAAUCAGAUUCCAAACUCUCCACAAUGGCCAAGACCAAAGAGCUCUCCAAGGAUGUCAGGGACAAGAUUGUAGACCUACACAAGGCUGGAAUGGGCUACAAGACCAUCGCCAAGCAGCUUGGUGAGAAGGUGACAACAGUUGGUGCGAUUAUUCGCAAAUGGAAGAAACACAAAAUAACUGUCAAUCUCCCUCGGCCUGGGGCUCCAUGCAAGAUCUCACCUCGUGGAGUUGCAAUGAUCAUGAGAAUGGUUAGGAAUCAGCCCAGAACUACAUGGGAGGAUCUUGUCAAUGAUCUCAAGGCAGCUGGGACCAUAGUCACCAAGAAAACAAUUGGUAACACACUAUGCCGUGAAAGACUGAAAUCCUGCAGCGCCCGCAAGGUCCCACUGCUCAAGAAAGCACAUAUACAGGCCCGUCUGAAGUUUGCGAAUGAACAUCUGAUUGAUUCAGAGGAGAACUGGGUGAAAGUGUUGUGGUCAGAUGAGACCAAAAUCGAGCCCUUUGGCAUCAACUCAACUCGCCGUGUUUGGAGGAGGAGGAAUGCUGCCUAUGACCCCAAGAACACCAUCCCCACCGUCAAAAAUGGAGGUGGAAACAUUAUGCUUUGGGGGUGUUUUUCUGAUAAGGGGACAGGACAACUUCACUGCAUCAAAGGGACGAUGGACGGGGCCAUGUACCGUCAAAUAUUGGGUGAGAACCUCCUUCCCUCAGCCAGGGCAUUGAAAAUGGGUCGUGGAUGGGUAUUCCAGCAUGACAAUGACACAAAACACACGGCCAAGGCAACAAAGGAGUGGCUCAAGAAGAAGCACAUUAAGGUCCUGAAGUGGCCUAGCCAGUCUCCAGAACCUUAAUCCCAUAGAAAAUCUGUGGAGGGAGCUGAAGGUUCGAGUUGCCAAACGUCAGCCUCGAAACCUUAAUGACUUGGAGAAGAUCUGCAAAGAGGAGUGGGACAAAAUCCCUCCUGAGAUGUGUGCAAACCUGGAGGCCAACUACAAGAAACAUCUGACCUCUUUGAUUGCCAAUAAGGGUUUUGCCACCAAGUACUAAGUCAUGUUUUGCAGAGGGGUCAAAUACUUAUUUCCCUCAUUAAAAUGCAAAUCAAUUGAUAACAUUUUUGACAUGCGUUUUUCUGGAUUUUUUUGUUGUUAUUCUGUCUCUCACUGUUCAAAUAAACCUACCAUUAAAAUUAUAAACUGAUCAUGUCUUUGUCAGUGGGCAAACGUACAAAAUCAGCAGGGGAUCAAAUACUUUUUUCCCUCACUGUACAGGCGAAAGAAACGCACACCUGUUUAGGAGAGGUGCUGGCUAACAGAGUAGAACACCUGUUUAGGAGAGGUGCUGGCUAGCAGAGUAGAACACCUGUUUAGGGGAGGUGCUGGCUAGCUGAGUAGAACACCUGUUUAGGAGAGGUGCUGGGUAGCAGAGUAGAACACCUGUUUAGGAGAGGUGCUGGCUAGCAGAGUAGAACACCUGUUUAGGAGAGGUGCUGGCUAGCAGAGUGGAACACCUGUUUAGGAGAGGUGCUGGCUAGCAGAGUAGAACACCUGUUUAGGAGAGGUGCUGGCUAGCAGAGUAGAACACCUGUUUAGGAGAGGUGCUGGCUAGCAGAGUAGAACACCUGUUUAGGAGAGGUGCUGGCUGACGGAGUAGAACACUUGAAAAAGAAAAGGAAAGCCUCACUCUAUGAGCUCAGAUGAAAUAAUAUCCUAAUAACCAACGUUUCGACAGACAAGCUGUCUUCCUCAGGGUAUAAUGACAAACACUGCGGGUCACUGGUUUAUAUAGUGUCAAAGGACACACACACACAGGUGUCUGUAAUCAUGGCCGGGUGUGAAAACGUUGGUUAUCAGGUUAUUAAAUGAUUGCAUCUGAGCUCCUAGAGUGUGCAGCUCUCCUUUUCUUUUUCAAGCAGGCAUAGGUGUGUCUGUGACGGCCAAUACAGCACAGCUUGGAACGCUGCUCGUCCACUCAGCAUCCAGGAUCCAAAUGACCAGUUUUUGUCAGUUGAGUUGAGUCGACUCAAUAAAUCACAGAACAGAUUGAAGGUUACACUUACUGCUUUUACUUCCUGGCAGUCCACCCAUUAUGCCAUUAUUGACUUGAAUGGAGACGCCCUUUCAAUUCAUUCUUAUUUCUAUGGUAGCAAUGCUAGUAGAAACAGCUUGCAUCACCAGCUAAAUAACCUUUUUUUUUUUUUUUCGUUUUGAAGGAAGCGACAACACCCAAGGAAAAUUGAAAAUAAGCUAAAACUUAAUAAAGUUAACUAUCACUCAAAUUUUCAAAAAAAGGGGAAAUGUGGAUUAUUUUGUGCAUGUAUGCAUUAGUCUAAUGGCCCUAAGCCCUAAACAAUAUAAUUGAGGUCUGAAAUCACAAGACUUUUCCUCUCUCUCUCAUUCUACCUUUGUUAGUGUCAAAGAGACGUUGGCUGCAUACAUGGACAGCAAAGAAGUAGAAGUCCUGCCGGACGUGGAGGCCUCCUUCCCGGACGAGAUACUCCUCUCACAGAUUGUAGAGACCUGGAAAUUUACUGUGACUGCCCAACAGGAAUGGAUGAUGUAA